GUUUAGUUCUAGCGUCAACAAAAAUUCCUUCGGUCAGAAAUUUUUGAUCGUUUGCUUUUAAUAUUAAAUAUGCAAAAGAUGAUAAUACAUAUCAAUACCAGUGACAUACUACAAACAUAUUCUCAAUUACCUGAAUGAGGUUUUACCAGUGAUAUUCAGUCAGUUUGCUCCGGCAUUGAUGACAGUGCAGUUCAGUGUAAAUACUAAAUUUAGUAGCCUAAUUUAGCCUAAUUGAGAUUGAGAUAAGAUUUGAAUUUUAAAUGAUCAAUGAUAAAUAAUUGAUAUUAAUUAUUAUUAGUAAUUUUAUUAUUAAUAGCUUCAUUUAAUAAGUGACUGUCAGUGUCACUGAGCGAUUCCAACCUAAACAAAGCCUUACUUUGAUAUGAUGAGUUGUAUUUUUUUAUAGGCUAAUUAUCAAAAUCAAAGUAUAAUAAUUGGAAGAUAGGAUGUCAUGAUUUUCAACAUGGCCACCAUCUUGGUUGACAAGACCAGUUAAUUCUAUCAAUAAAUCUAAGUAAAUGUAUCCCUAAAACUACUCUGAACCCUAAAUGUAUCCCUAAACCUAACCUGAACCCUACAUGUAUCCCUAAGCCUAAAGUCCUAAGACCUAAGCCUAAACUGAACCAUAAUUCACGGCAACUUUAAUAAACACUCAAAAGAGGUUGUGGCAUCCUACUUUCCUUUUAGCCUAAAAAUUUAUUACUAAACUAACUUAAUUAUUAAUAGAUAUUUACUGUUUACUAUGCACUCAGGCCUUAAAAUGGUUAUAUAAGAUUUAAGAUAUGGUAAAUUUAUAAUUUAUGCAAUUGUCGUCCGCCACUAAAUUCCCCGUCAGUUAAAUGGGGAGGGGAAAGAAAAAGAAUUUUAUUUUUUAGCCACUUAUUAUACUGGUGGCUAAAAAUAUUUACAAUUUCAAAAAAUUAUAAUUGAUGGAUUGCAUUCAAGUUGUGUGAAAGAAAUAUAAGUAUAAGAACAAGGUGUGCCAAACUGGAAUUCAUAAACAGGACAAACGAUUUUUACGUUUCAGCUUAGAGGCUUCAUCAGAAAACAAGACAAAUAGAAGUUUAACAGGUAUCAGAUCACAGUAAAAAAAAACUUUUGUACAAUUUAAAUCUUAUUAAUUACUAAAUUUUCACUGAACUGCACUGUAAUCCUACUUCUGGCAACAAUAGGAAUUCAAGUUUGGCAUCCCUUGUUCUUAUAUUUCAAAAAAUUAUAAGAGUAGUACUAUAUUUAGUGCAAACGUUAAAUCAAAAUAUGAAACCAAAAUUAACUUUCUAUCUUAAGUAGUCUUUGAGCUAUGAAUUUUCAAAAUAUUAGUUCUCUUUUCCUACUUUUUUAUGGACCACAUCUCUACAAUAUGUGACCCAAUUCAGCUGUAUGCGUCAUACAGAACAACUUUCUUCAUUGAUAUACAACUUUAUUUUCAGGACUAAUGCUUUAUUAAAGUUUCUCAUUUAUAAAAAUUAAUUUUAACAUUUUAUGCAAUUAUAAAAAGAUUUUGUUUAAUGUCAAGUUUUCUCAAAUAUGGCCAACUCUUAUGAAUGAAGCACUGAGAAUAAUAUUACAAUAAAGUACAGCAAUAUACAAGUGCCUGAAUGAUGGUUGCCAUUGACAACGUUUGCACAUGACAAAUUAUGAUAAUUUAUAAUAUUGACUCAGCCAUGUUUUUAAACAUUAAAUUAACAUAUUAUUGUUUAAAUGUCUUCUAAGUUAAAACACAAGUUAUCAAAUAUUUUAAUGGAAGUAUGGUAAUAAUUUAAUAUUUUAUAAGUGUCUGCCACUACCACCCAUUAAAAAGGAAACUGGGUAAAAAUUGGGCUGAGAAUCCUUACAAUGAUGCGGGUUUUAUGUAUGAGCAUAACGAAAGCCGAACACGAACGCCGAACACGAACCACCUCCAAUUUUUAAAAAUAUACAUCAAUGUAUAAUACCAUGAGAUUUAAUAUGAAAGACAAUUGGUUUUUUUUUCUUCAAACAUUUUUUAUGAAAAGUUGCCUUAUAAGAGUGGUUCUCAACCUUCUUAUUUAUUUAUUUAUUUAGGCAUUUUUAUAUAGCGCUUAUCAUAAAGCUCUAAGCGCUUUACAAUUAUUAAAACAUGUAAACUAAUUAAAUACAAAUGAGACACUAGGAUAGUAACUACUAUUCUAUAGAAACAAUGAAAAUGGCUAUAAAAAGAGGACACUUUGACACUUCAGGAUUAAACCGAAACAAAAAAUUAGGUAGGGCAAGGAGGGUGCAUCACAGGUCAUAGGCGGACCUAAACAGAUGAGUUUUAAGGGACUUUUUGAAAAUGGACGAGGUUUCACUAUGACGUAUAUGGAAGGGGAGCUGGUUCCAGAACGUGGGCCCAUGGAAGCAGAAGGAGCGUUCACCGAUGGCCUUAGUUUUAGUUCUUGGGAUUGAGAGGGUUCUACUGUCAAUGGAAGAACGUAGUUGUCUUGUGGGGAUGUAAGGAAGCAACAAUUCAGAGAGAUAGACAGGAAAGUGAGGGUCAGUGAACGAGUUGAUUAUAUAGCGCUUAUCAUAAAGCUCUAAGCGCUUUACAAUUAUUAAAACAUGUAAACUAAUUAAAUACAAAUGAGACACUAGGAUAGUAACUACUAUUCUAUAGAAACAAUGAAAAUGGCUAUAAAAAGAGGACACUUUGACACUUCAGGAUUAAACCGAAACAAAAAAUUAGGUAGGGCAAGGAGGGUGCAUCACAGGUCAUAGGCGGACCUAAACAGAUGAGUUUUAAGGGACUUUUUGAAAAUGGACGAGGUUUCACUAUGACGUAUAUGGAAGGGGAGCUGGUUCCAGAACGUGGGCCCAUGGAAGCAGAAGGAGCGUUCACCGAUGGUCUUAGUUUUAGUUCUUGGGAUUGAGAGGGUUCUUAAUGCAGCGACCCUUUAAUACUGUUUCAUAUGUCGUGGCGACCCUCAACCACAAAAUUUUUUUUGAUGCUACUUCAUAACUGAUGAGUAUAUGUGUUUCAGAUGCUCUUAGGUGACCCUGGGAAAGGGUCAUGCAACAUGCGACCCCAAAGGGGUCUCGAUCCACAGGUUGAGAACCGCUGCAUUAUAUGUACCUAUGAUUUUCACAAAUUUGGGUCGAUUGAAAAAGCAAAACAAGUAUACAGAAAUGUAGGUGAAGAUGUCUUGCAAAAGAAAAAAGGGGGUAAACAGAAAUCAUUUUUUCAUUAAUGACUUGGCACUCAAAGAUAAGAAAUGAAAUUUAGGUUUUACUGCCCAUUUCCAAUACAAAUGGCAUAGUACUCUCCCUUGUUUUACCAAAGUAACUAAUUAUAGCCUUAGACUUGGGGGGGCCAUCCAUAAAAUUAUACACUUUUUAACACACAUUUUCAAAUAUAUGUAACACCUCCCAGUGGCGUAGCUAGGGUUGGUGUCACCCGGUGCGGUAAACUCAUGGUGUCAAACCCCCCCCCCUCAAUGGAAGAAAAAAAAAAAUUUGAAACUUCCAUGGAUUAAUUUAUUACUGUUAAAAUAAGUCCACAGUAUAAAAAUUAAAAAAACAAAAACACAUAUUUUGAAGGUCAUGAGGUCAAUGUAUAAGGUGUAACAACGUUAAGUUAUAGUUAAAAUUUUACUUUCCUUGUCUUCAAAGCUGCAAACCUGUCAAUCACUUAAUCAAAAUCAAUGUCCAUCACUGUAUCAAUUUGAAUUGAUAGCAGAGCCACAUAAGAAAGCCUAGACUGUCCCAUGGUAAAUCAUAAAUAUUUCUUAAUAAGCAUUAGUUUUGAAAAGCUCCGCUCACAUGAAGUCACAUCCACACAUAUUGUAAGCAAAAAUGAAAGGCUUAGCGAGAGUAUUGGAAGAAAUUAACAUUCAGCUAUGAAUUUCAAAACAUCAAAUACUGACCAGUCAAUGACUUAGUGAAAUAGAUGCUUUUAGAUGUCUUCAAAGCCUUGAUAUUUCUUUUAAAAGUUCAUCUUCUUAUAGCUUGUUAUAGAAAGGAGUUAAUUUUAGAACGGACUCCAAUAACUCUUCUUCAAUUGCUGAUAAUAGACUCUUAGGUUGAAUAGCCCCAAACAUAUCUUUGAUUGCUGAUGAUCUGAUCUAGAGUUCAGAAUGAAAGUGAUCAAUAUACUCCAGCAUCUCCCUAAUGUUUUCUUCUCGAAGAAAGAGUCCAGCAUCUAUUAAUUUUUUUCUCCUGCCAUUCUCUUCUUAAACCUUAAUUUUCUCUCUACCAAAAUUCCAUAUUGGUCUGAUUAUAAAAGUGCCUUUUCAAUAGCAUUUCCCACCAAGUGACGUCGCUUCUCGUUCAGAAACAAUCCUCAAGGCCUCUAGGUUUGCCACCACUUGGUCAAGUGUAAAGCCUUUAGUCUGCAGAUACUGCUGUGUAAGAUUAACUUUCUCAAGUAGAUCAGCCCAAAGGUUAAGAUAGCAGAUAAACGUGAAAUUAAAGACAACAUGUAAAAGACCUUGUGCUGUAACUCUUGUAUUCAAAUUUUCAAGAGGAUUACAAAGAGCUUCAAUCACUGCCAUACAUUCAUGGAUUCCAUACAUUGUGGAACAUUAUCGUAACCCUGAGCUCUGAACAUCAUUAUGUCUAGUCCAUCACGUUUUAGAUUUGUAAGAAUGUCAGAACUGAGGUCAUCAGCUUUUUACCUCUUAACCGGGAACAUGCAAGAAAAACUUCUCUCACUUCAACUUUCCCAUCGUGGAUUUUCACAUAUCUGAUCACUUCAGACAUCUGCCCACUGUGUGAUAUAUCAGGUGUACUUUCGAACAUAAUUCCAAAAUACCUCACAGCCUUUAUAUACAUGAUCAGAAUAUCCUUCACAUGAUUUGCAAAUACAUUUAUAAAUCAUUUUGGGUUUCUGGUGAAAGGUAAGAUGCGGAUGCUUUUUCUGUAGAUGUACUUCUCUUUAGUCUCAUUUGGUGCUCUUUUCGCACUGGGUCAUAUUUAAAUAGCAUCUCAACUAUUUCAAGAAAGUUUCAGUGUAGAUUCAUUUUCGUUGUGGCUACGAAAUGCCAGAUUUUGCUUUGCAAGAAACAAUGUGAUAUCCAGCAACCUUCACAUUUUCUUUUCCCUGUCCAUCACAGCAAUACUUUCGGCAUCAAUUGUUUUGUGUAUUCCAAGUCCUGCUGCUAAUGCUUUCCACUUUUCAAGGCAACGUAGGCGCUCUUCCGAUGCUUCGUGAGUGUGUAAUUUUGGGCUCAGUUUCCACCACUUAUCAAAGCCAGUAACAAAUUUGGAUGUUGUUUCUGUACCAUUAAGGCAAAAAAUCUGCUGCAAAAACAAUCCAAUUUCUGACUGAUGAGUGAAUAAACCAUCCACGACAGCAGUAUUUUCUCGCCAUUUUGCAUCAUCCCGUAUAUCCAUUGUUUUGUUAGUUGGCAAACACGUCCUUUUGAUUUUAUAGAUGGUACGCAUAGCCGCUAUUUGGACCCAGGUCCCUUUAGACUAAAUCCCAUUGGGAUGUCAUUUGUGGUCGUUUAUAUUAGUUAAACUGAAGACGUUUACAACCAUAAUAUAGUCCAUUCAAAUAUCUUUCAUUGAUACCACAGUUUGUCUUAGAAACCCAAAAAUAAAAUUUUAAAUAGUUUUUUAUCCCAACCUCUCACUUCUGAUACCCGGGUGCGAAAAGCCACUUCGAAAAAAAUAAUUACUGAUGUAAGUUCAAAAACAACGGUCAGAGCACUGUCCAAAAUGCAAUACAGAAAGUUAGCAGGUAAAACCCAGCAGUUGGAAUAUGACAAUCGUGCUCAAAUGUAAAGGGGCGAUACUAGUGACGAUCGGGGAAAAUAUUAAUUCUUGAGUAUUUCUGGGUUUCGAUAUAUAAUAUUAUAUAUGUCUUCAAAAAAACUAUUCUUUACUUAAAUUUAAAAUAAGUAAGAAUUAAUCAUUAAACGAUUGAAAAUUGUGUAAAAUAGUGUAAUUUUUAACCCAAUAAAUGGGUAAAAAUCAAUUUUUAAUGUUUUUAUUUUUUACCAACUCUUAUACUUAUAAUCGCCCGACCACACCAUAUUUGGUUUCAAUGGAAAGCCCUAUUGCUAAGAAUUUAGAUAAAUAUAGCCUGUCACUUACGGAAGUUACCGAACACUUCAAUCGGCGUGGAUUAAUGACUGUGUUUUUAUGACCUAAACUUAGAGUCAUCUCAUUUCUGACGCAUCAACCUUGAACUUUUAAUAAAGCACGCAUUUGGAUUGGUUACAUUUGUGAAAAAUGUAUGUGUGAUCGGUUAUCCUUUUAUGAAUCUUGGUUAGACCGAGCAGUGAAAAUAUGGAAUUUUUCAACCCGGUGCGGUCCGCACCCCCCGCACCCCCCUCGCUACGCCACUGACACCUCCCCAUCCCCAUCCUGGACUCGUGCUGUUAUUUAUGGUUGACCCUAAUACUUUUAACAAUUAAAUUUGUGUUUUCAAUCUCUUGUAAGACUUACUUGUACUAAUCAAUCUAACUCUGUAGCUUAUGUCUUGGCUAGGUUUAUGAAUACAAAUUUUAAAUUGAUUAGCUAACUUUAAUUUUAAACCUUCAUAACCAAUGUACCUUUUUGACAGUGUGCUGGUAUCCCAUAAUACAUACCUUGACUCCUAUGCUAUCAUAUUAUCACUCCAUCUACAUAAUUUUUCAUGACUGCUCAUGUCAACUUAACCCCUAUCUUUCUAGCCAUACCUGGAACUUGAUCAGUCACUACAACCUAUCCAUUUGUGAAAGAUAGAACCCACCUUUGAUCCACCUAUGACCUCCAAAUCUCAAAGUGUGAAAUUUCUCCACAAAAUUAUAUUUUUUGACUGAAUAAUCAUUUACGGACCUUAUCAAACAUGUUUUUCAAACAUUGAAAGACACAAUCAUGAUUGCUCAUUUUACUUACUGUAUUGUGGAUGAUUGUGCAGGACACAAUUGUGCCAAGGUCUUGGGUCCCCUUUGUUAAGGCCACAGAAACAAUUUGAGAGUCUAAAAUUCCUUCUACCUUGCUAGCCCCUAAAGGGUGGAUGAAUCAACUAACCACAAGGCAUUUAAAAAGCUCAAGUUUCUUUAUCUUCUUCUUCUAUAUCUUAAGGGCCCAUGAUCAAUUUAUUGAUCAUUUUGGCUCCUAUGCAUGUAGAUGGGAUUUGCAAUGUUUCUGUUCCUGGUGUUGAUGAGGAAAUUUCACUGAUUUCCAGUGCCACUUUGUGAGGGAAUCAUGCACGGGGGUUUGAAUGCUUGAGGCAAUAGACACAAAUGUGUCUAGUGUUGUCCCCUCAACCGUUCCUUUUGAAAGCUUGUUCCAGUCCCUGAUUGUCUUGGGCAGGAAUGAGCAGCUCCUAUACUGGUUUCUUGCUGGUAUGAGCCUGAAUUGCCUGUCAUGGCCUCGUAGCUGUCUAUGGGGGAGAGGGACAAGUUUCUGUUUAAUACUGGAACAGUGGACUAGCCCAUUAUUUAUCUUGUACAUCAUGGAGAGCCUGGAUUAUCGUCAUCGUUCCUCCAAUGGUGACCAGCUUAGUGUUUCCAGCAUACUGCCAACACUAGAGGUAUUCCUGUAGCGGUUUAGGACAAAGCGCGCUGCUCGUCGCUGGACCGCCUCCAACCUGUCAGCGCUCUUCUGGGUAAAUGGGUCCCAGACUGAAGAUGCAUAAUCUAAAACCGGACGGACAAAGGCUUUAUAUGCUCUUUCUUUCACAAAGGAGUUGCCAAUCUUUAGAUUUAGCCUUAAGAACCCCAGGGUCUUGUUUGCUUGGUUACAUACAUUGUUAAUAUGCUCGUCCCAGCGGACCUCUCUUUGAAUGGUAACACCCAGGUACUUUACUGAGGAAACUGUCUCAAGUAUAUGGCCAUGCAGUUCGUAUUGGUAGUGUAGAGGAGUACAACUUCUAGAGACUGAUACUGUCUGGCACUUGGCAGGGUGAAAUUCCAUGUCCCAGCUCAUCUCCCACUCAGCUAACCAAUGGAGUUCCUGUUGUAGCUGGUCCUGGUCUGAUCUGUUGGCGAUCGUCCUAUACACUGCUGUGUCAUCUGCGAACAGUCUUGCUUGUGAUGUCAGUUUCUUGGGUAGGUCAUUAAUGUAUGUUAGGAACAAACAGGGGCCCAGCACUGAUCCCUGGGGGACCCCUGACUUCACAUCGACAAAGGAGGAGCUUGUACCGUCCACCACUACCGCCUGGCAUCGGUGGCUGAGGAAGCUAGAGAUCCAUGUUUUAGUGGUGCCUUGGAUCCCAUAUCUCUGGAGUUUGUGGUGAAGCAAACUAUGAUUCACACAGUCAAAUGCCUUUGCAAAGUCCAUUACCAGCACUUCAGUUUGCUUGUGGUUCUCCAGAUUGGUCAUCAGGUCUUCUACAAAUUCAAGAAGCUGGGUCUCACAUGAUCUAUUGACUCGGAAGCCAUGUUAACAGUCAUUGAGUAUAUUUUGGCUUUCAAGAUGCUUCAUGACUGUGCUUACGAUUAUGUGCCCUAACAGUUUGCAGACCACGCUGGUGAGGGAUAUCGGAUGAUAGUUGGCAGGGUCGGAAUGCUCCCCUUUCUUGUAGAUUGGAGUGACAUGCGCUGUUCUCCAGUCUGCUGGAACAUUUCCUGUGCAUAGUGACGAUUGGAAGAGGAUUGUCAGUGCAGGAGCGAUUUCUUUGGUUAAUUCUUUGAACACUUGUGGUUUGAUGUUGUCAGGACCACAUGCUUUGUAAGGGUUAAUGGUAUUGAGGAGGGCAAACAAACCCUGCUCUGAUAUCUUGAUAUCUCUCAUAACAGGGUACUCUCUGUUCAUCAUUUUGGUCUUCAGAAGGAAUUCAGUCUCAGAGUACUCUCUACCGUCACCAAAGACAGACCGGAACUGCUGAUUGAGUAUCUCCGCCUGUGCUUUUGGGUCAGAUGUCAAUUGGCCAUCCCACCUCAGGGGGGAAACUCCAGCGUUAGAGGACUUUUGGUGCUUCACAAAGGUCCAGAAGCGCUUGUUCUUGACAUCUUUGGUCGGGGUGUCAUCCUCUGAGAAGAUGCUGUUCAUGUAGUUCCAAUAUGAUCUGCACAAUAAGCGUUGAAUGGUUCGGCGGAGCCUCAGUACCUCCUCUCUCUGUUCAAUCGAGCCAUUUUUCUUCAUACGUUUUUAUUGGCGGUUUCUCCUGUGGAUGAGCCUACGGAUUUCAGCCGUGACCCAUAGCUCUUCUGUUGUCACUGUACUCUGAAUCGCCUGCAUACAGGACAGUCCAAAAUGUGUACUUAAUCAUCACUGACAUUUAGAAUAAAUGUACGUGUGCCAAAAUCCUAUCACAAAAAUAUAGCAACAGAACUUAUAGUGACAAUAUAAUAACUGCCUAUCCAUAAAAUAUAACUUAAGGCCUAGCAAAAUAUUAAAGCAAUCAAUUUCAUCCUAAUGUCUAACAAAACUGUGCACCUUUUACACUUGUAUUUUCAAGCCAAUGGCUAGUUCUAUGUGAAUGAUUUAAACUCAUGAGUUAAAGAAAAAAUUACACUUAGAGCUCACAUAACAAUGUAAUGCAAGCCACUACACAACAAAACAAUAUCACAUGAUCUGACCAUUUCAAAAAAAUUACUAAGCCAAGAAAGUCAGCCAAUUUAACUUUAAGACUUAACUUCUUCUAAGACUUGCUUUCUCAACUAAUAACUAAUCAUGAGAUAUUGUUAUCAGCAAUAGCAUUUCAAUUUUAGUUCAAGUCCUUCUUGAAUGACCAUCUACAGCACUGGUUUUAGAAACCACAGCACAAAGUGAAUGGCAAGGAUUUAAAGGAUCUGCAGAAUUUUUUUAAAUAACUUACAUACAGCUAAAUUGCUGAAGAUAGCUCCACUCCCAGAAGUAGCAUGGAAAACUUUGUUUUGUACGAUGAACUUGCCAAAGGGGAUCACUCUGUCAUCUACAAAGGAAGACGUAAAGGGACAAUAAGUUUUGUGGCUAUCCAUUGUAUUGAUAAAUCUAAACGACCAGAAGUCACUAAUACAGUGAGUAAAUAUCAUCUGAACUUUUAUGUGGUUGUUCAAUAUUUACAUUUUUACCUUCAGAGACCCAGAUCUUUAAUUUAAAAAACUUAUUUGUUUCAAAUUUUUAAUAUCAAGUAAUUAAAACUCAACCUAACUAAAUAUGAGAAAAAUGACUGAGUUCACAAAAGUUUAUUGCCUCUUUUUAUUUUCAUAGUUGGGUCCAUCAUCUUUAGUCAUGUGUUUUUCUACAAGCAAAAUAUUUAAUUGAUGAUCAUACUCAAUAUUCUCCUCAUAGGUUCGCAUGACCCAUGACAUAGAACAUGAAAAUGUUGUUCGAUUUUAUGAAUGGUAUGAAACAAGCAAUCAUUUGUGGUUAGUUGUUGAGCUCUGCACUGGUGGAAGCCUGGAAACUUUAAUAUCUCAAGAUGGAAGUUUACCUGAAACAACUGUACGUUCUUUUGGGGUUCAGCUGGUGACCGGUCUUCACUAUAUUCAUUCCUUGAAUAUUCUUUUCCACGACAUUCGCCCGAGUAAGGUAAGUAUUGUAAUUUAAAGUUUAAAUUAUAUUUACUCAAGGCUGUUAUAGUAACUAAUUAUAAGAGUAUUACUAAAUCCCAUGUACACAUAUCUUCAUAUCUUCAUUCCCAGAUUUUGUUAGAUACUUCUGGAGUGUUGAAAUAUGCAGACUUCAGUGUUUCUAAGGUAGAAGGAGAAAACCUAGAAGAGUUGUUUUAUAAAUUUGCUGAAUCUGGGGAACAAUGGAACACCCAAACAGUUGAAGAGAUGAUGAAAUACAACAAAUGGACAGGUUAGUUCUAUGCUAGCACUACAACUACAACAAAUGUUGCAAAUAUAUUUCAUUCUGUGACAUGUCAAAGGUAGAAUUUCAUAGAUGCCUGUAUUUUUAAUUGCUUUAUCUGUUUUGUGCUCAUAUUAUAUAACAAGGAAAGAAAAAACACAAAAGGAAGUUUGCCAUAUACAUUUUUUAACAGAAAAACUAUUGUCUAAUAACUUGGGUUUAUCUUUCAAAUUAGCACAUUCUUUCCGGUUUUUUUAUUCAUUUCGUUAAUUAAAUUUGUCCUUCCAAUUAGGUUCUUUGACAUAUAUGGCCCCAGAGCUGAUACAAGGUGCUGAACCUAAUGUGCUAAGUGAUCUAUGGUCUCUUGGAUGUGUGCUGUAUCAGAUGUUUGCAGGUCUGUGGCUCCAAUAUGGUUGUAAAGAAUAUCAUCUGUAAAUGAACUUAAUUUAGGUUGUUUGUAUAGUGAAACUAUUAUGACCUUUUACAUUAAUGUGAUAUGUCAAAGAACACUGCAGAGAAUUAGCUUUUAUAGAUACACAUAAUUAUAUUUUCAUAACAUUCCUAUUGUUAACAUACUUAAAUAUAAGAGGUUAAGAAAUUAUUAUGUCAUCAGGAACUCAUUAGGGGAUCAUCAGAUUUAAAUCAGGAACUCAUUAGGGGAUCAUCAGAUUUAAAUCAGGAACUCAUUAGGGAAUCAUCAGAUUUAAAUCAGGAACUCAUUAGGAAAUCAUCAGAUUUAAAUCAGGAAUUCAUUAGGGACUCAUCAGAUUUAAAUCAAGAACUCAUUAGGAAAUCAUCAGAUUUAAAUCAGGAACUCAUUAGGGAAUCAUCAGAUUUAAAUCAGGAUCUCAUUAGGGAAUCAUCAGAUUUAAAUCAGGAACUCAUUAGGAAAUCAUCAGAUUUAAAUCAGGAACUCAUUAGGGAAUCAUCAGAUUUAAAUCAGGAACUCAUUAGGGGAUCAUCAGAUUUAAAUCAGGAACUCAUUAGGGAAUCAUCAGAUUUAAAUCAGGAACUCAUUAGGGAAUCAUCAGAUUUAAAUCAGGAACUCAUUAGGGAAUCAUCAGAUUUAAAUCAGGAACUCAUUAGGGAAUCAUCAGAUUUAAAUCAGGAACUCAUUAGGGAAUCAUCAGAUUUAAAUCAGGAACUCAUUAGGGAAUCAUCAGAUUUAAAUCAGGAACUCAUUAGGGAAUCAUCAGAUUUAAAUCAGGAACUCAUUAGGGAAUCAUCAGAUUUAAAUCAGGAACUCAUUAGGGAAUCAUCAGAUUUAAAUCAGGAACUCAUUAGGGAAUCAUCAGAUUUAAAUCAGGAACUCAUUAGGGAAUCAUCAGAUUUAAAUCAGGAACUCAUUAGGGAAUCAUCAGAUUUAAAUCAGGAACUCAUUAGGGAAUCAUCAGAUUUAAAUCAGGAACUCAUUAGGGAAUCAUCAGAUUUAAAUCAGGAACUCAUUAGGGAAUCAUCAGAUUUAAAUCAGGAACUCAUUAGGGAAUCAUCAGAUUUAAAUCAGGAACUCAUUAGGGAAUCAUCAGAUUUAAAUCAGGAACUCAUUAGGGAAUCAUCAGAUUUAAAUCAGGAACUCAUUAGGGAAUCAUCAGAUUUAAAUCAGGAACUCAUUAGGGAAUCAUCAGAUUUAAAUCAGGAACUCAUUAAGGAAUCAUCAGAUUUAAAUCAGGAACUCAUUAAGGGAUCAUCAGAUUUAAUUAAAUCAGGAACUCAUUAAGGAAUCAUCAGAUUUAAAUCAGGAACUCAUUAAGGGAUCAUCAGAUUUAAUUAAAUCAGGAACUCAUUAAGGAAUCAUCAGAUUUAAAUCAGGAACUCAUUAGGAAAUCAUCAGAUUUAAAUCAGGAACUCAUUAAGGAAUCAUCAGAUUUAAAUCAGGAACUCAUUAGGGAAUCAUCAGAUUUAAUUAAAUCAGGAACUCAUUAGGGAAUCAUCAGAUUUAAUUAAAUCAGGAACUCAUUAGGGAAUCAUGAGAUUUAAAUCAGGAACUCAUUAGGGAAUCAUGAGAUUUAAAUCAGGAACUCAUUAGGGAAUCAUCAGAUUUAAUUAAAUCAGGAACUCAUUAGGGAAUCAUUAAAUUUAAAUCAGGAACUCAUUAGGGAAUCAUUAAAUUUAAAUCAGGAACUCAUUAGGGAAUCAUCAUAUUUAAAUUCGGAACUCAUUAGGGAAUCAUCAGAUUUAAAUCAGGAACUCAUUAGGGAAUCAUCAGAUUUAAUUAAAUCAGGAACUCAUUAGGGAAUCAUCAGAUUUAAAUCAGGAACUCAUUAGGGAAUCAUGAGAUUUAAAUCAGGAACUCAUUAGGAAAUCAUCAGAUUUAAAUCAGGAACUCAUUAGGGAAUCAUGAGAUUAAAAUCAGGAACUCAUUAGGAAAUCAUCAGAUUUAAAUCAGGAACUCAUUAAGGAAUCAUCAGAUUUAAAUCAGGAACUCAUUAAGGAAUCAUCAGAUUUAAAUCAGGAACUCAUUAGGGAAUCAUCAGAUUUAAUUAAAUCAGGAACUCAUUAGGGAAUCAUCAGAUUUAAUUAAAUCAGGAACUCAUUAGGGAAUCAUGAGAUUUAAUUAAAUCAGGAACUCAUUAAGGAAUCAUCAGAUUUAAAUCAGGAACUCAUUAAGGGAUCAUCAGAUUUAAUUAAAUCAGGAACUCAUUAAGGAAUCAUCAGAUUUAAAUCAGGAACUCAUUAGGAAAUCAUCAGAUUUAAAUCAGGAACUCAUUAAGGAAUCAUCAGAUUUAAAUCAGGAACUCAUUAAAGAAUCAUCAGAUUUAAAUCAGGAACUCAUUAGGGAAUCAUCAGAUUUAAUUAAAUCAGGAACUCAUUAGGGAAUCAUCAGAUUUAAAUCAGGAAAUCAUUAGGGAAUCAUCAGAUUUAAAUCAGGAAAUCAUUAGGGAAUCAUCAGAUUUAAUUAAAUCAGGAACUCAUUAGGGAAUCAUCAAAUUUAAAUCAGGAACUCAUUAGGGAAUCAUCAGAUUUAAAUUCGGAACUCAUUAGGGAAUCAUCAGAUUUAAAUCAGGAACUCAUUAGGAAAUCAUCAGAUUUAAAUCAGGAACUCAUUAGGGGAUCAUCAGAUUUAAAUAAGGAACUCAUUAGGAAAUCAUCAGAUUUAAAUCAGGAACUCAUUAGGGAAUCAUCAGAUUUAUAUCAGGAACUCAUUAAGGAAUCAUCAGAUUUAAAUCAGGAACUCAUUAGGAAAUCAUCAGAUUUAAAUCAGGAACUCAUUAGGGAAUCGUGAGAUUUAAAUCAGGAACUCAUUAGGAAAUCAUCAGAUUUAAAUCAGGAACUCAUUAGGGAAUCAUGAGAUUUAAAUCAGGAACUCAUUAGGAAAUCAUCAGAUUUAAAUCAGGAACUCAUUAAGGGAUCAUCAGAUUUAAUUAAAUCAGGAACUCAUUAAGGAAUCAUCAGAUUUAAAUCAGGAACUCAUUAAGGGAUCAUCAGAUUUAAUUAAAUCAGGAACUCAUUAGCAUUGCAUGGUGUGCAUUUGGAAUUUCAUUAACCAAUUAUUAUUAUAAGUACAUUUUCAUAAUAUUUCAUUAGUUCAUUAAAAACUGCUGAAAAGGAUGUGAAAAUUAAAUUUUUAUGGGGCACUUAUUUCAGGAUAUCCGCCAUUUUUUGCUGAAAAGGAAGACCAUUUAAAGGAAAAAAUUCUUACAAAAGAUUUUCCAAUUCCAAAAGUGAAAGGUCAGUGUUUAACCUUGAAUGCUGUCUGAAAAAGUUAUAUUUAAACAAAAUCUGAAUAAUAUUUAUUAUCCCAUAUUCUGUUGUUUUCAUAUUUUGACCACACAAGUCAAAUAAAAUGUUCAAAACAGUUUUGGGUUUCAAAAACUGUUUCAAUAUUUAAUUAUUUGAACCAACAAAUCGUAAUGUUUUCAAAUUUAAAUAGUAGAAUCAUGUAUAAAGUAUUCAAGAAUGUUAAUUUAAAAUUUCUGCUUUAAUUUUAUGAUCAUUUUGUUCAGUGAGAACUUUUGUUCAAGACAAUUAACCCCAGACUUAUGCAGUGCUGAAUUACUUCCUAUGAUUUUUUUCAAGACAAUUAACCCCAGACUUAUGCAGUGCUCAAUUACUUCCUAUGAAUUUAAUAUGAUCAUUUGAUGGAACUUUGCUAUCCAGGUCCGAGAAUAUCUGCUAAGCCUUCACCUGAAUUCCUGAAUAUUUUACAAAGCCUACUAAAGAAAGAUCCUGCAGAAAGGUAAUUUUGCAAAAUUAAAAUCUUACCUUACAAUAAUGGUUUUAUGGGAUUGUUCGUGCCAUAGUUCAUUUUCUUUGAUGAACUAAUAUUAAGACAUAGCAUCAACUAGACAGCUGGUUUUAAUCUCAUACCUAUUUGGCCUAUGUCUUCCAUCUGUAGUUAUUCAGUUGUUUUUACACUGAUGAUUUUCCUCUUACCCAAAAAUAUUUGCCUCACUGGGCUGAUGAAAUAGUAGGCUCACUGGGUUUGUGUUGAUGCGGAUAUUAAUCAUAUUUCAUUGGUUGCAAGGGCCACUUUGUAAAGGUAUCAUGCACUGGGGGUUGGAAGGCCUGAGGCAAUAGACACAAAAGUGUUAAGUGCUGUCGCCUCAACUGUUCCUUUUCAAAGCUUGUUCCAGUCCCUGAUUGUCUAUGGCAGGAAUGAGCAGCUCCUUUACUGGCUUCUUGCUGGUAUGAGCCGGAAUUGCCUGUCAUGGCCUCAUGGCUGUCUUUGGGGGAGAGGGACGAGUUUCUGUUAAACGCUGGAGGAGUGGACCAGCCCAUUAUUUAUCUUGUACAUUUGUGCUACCAUUGUAUUAAUAUCAGUUCAUGCUCUAUAGUUAAUGAGAAUUUUUUUGUAGAUCAUUAUUCACUGAAAUCACUUCUUCAUUAAUUAUUAAAAUACGAUUGUAGGUUUUGAACAUUUUUAAGGUAAUGUAAUUUUUUUAAUUGGAAUUUCAGUAAAUUGUUUGUAAUUGAAAUUUCAGUAAUUUGCUUGUAAUUGAAAUGUUAUAUUUCUGUUUUUGAAUAAUUUUUCAGAAUGAGUUGGCCUGAACUUGUUAAUCACAAUUUCUGGCAGGGUCAGCUGGCCCACUUGGUAAAAGAGUUCACCAUUGCGCAAUCAGAGGUCCAGUCAAGUACAAAGACAAAUCUUGGGGUCUCUUCUGUGUUUGAGAAUGGAGUCAGCUCUGUGUUGGGGCGUGUGAAGGGCUUGGACACUAGGAGAAGCAUGGACAGACCAGCUAUAAACCUGGACACUGUAGAUGGCAGUAGACCAAGUUAGUGAUAUGGUUUAAGAUGUCAGAAGAACCAAGUUAGUUAUGUGGUUUUAAAUGGCAGUAGACCAAGUUAGUGAUAUAAUUUUUAGAUGUCAGAAGAACCAUGUUAGUGAUAUAGUUUUAGAUGUCAGUAGACCAAGUUAGUGAUAAAGUUUUAGAUGUCAGUAGACCAAGUUAGUGAUAUAGUUUUAGAUGUCAGUAGACCAAGUUAGUGAUAUAGUUUUAGAUGUCAGUAGACCAAGUUAGUGAUAUAUUUUUAGAUGUCAGAAGACCAAGUUAGUGAUAUAGUUUUAGAUGUCAGUAGACCAAGUUAGUGAUAUAGUUUUAGAUGUCAGAAGAACCAAGUUAGUGAUAGUUUCUUUGAUGCAGAAACAGGUUGGGACAUGAUUACAGUUGCCGUAUGGAUAUGAGGUGAAGGUGUGUGGCAACCUUUCACCGGUGAUUUUAAAUAUGCAGUCUUGAGGGUACUGCUCCAAGGCAACCUCUCUCUCCCAUCUACGGUGUGAAUUAGUCGCACCGUAGAAUAACCAUACAAACCCUAGUAGAGGGCGUCGGUCUUAAACAACUACGCGGUCCCCCCGGGGUGGUAAGGGGGGACUUUAGAGACGUUAAAUAUCCACCCCAACCCCUUAGAAAGUCCGGCCCUGUUGCUGCGUGAGCAGCAAUCCGGCUGGCCAGGUGUUUCUUCUCUGGGGCUGCCACACUCCCAUCUACGGUGUGAAUUAGUCGCACCGUAGAAUAACCAUACAAACCCUAGUAGAGGGCGUCGGUCUUAAACAACUACGCGGUCCCCCCGGGGUGGUAAGGGGGGACUUUAGAGACGUUAAAUAUCCACCCCAACCCCUUAGAAAGUCCGGCCCUGUUGCUGCGUGAGCAGCAAUCCGGCUGGCCAGGUGUUUCUUCUCUGGGGCUGCCACACUCGGCGGCCAAUCGAGUGGAGGUCGAGUGUGGCGGUCUUAGGGGCGGAGCGUCCCUGGCGUGCCGCUUCGCGGCCCGAUCGGAAUAAAGACCACUGGGGGAGUGGUUGACGGCCGGUUUGGUUGGCGGGGUGGUGCGUUGGGGAGGACCAUAUGAGCCUCAAGGCUCGGUGUUCGCUGAUUUUCUUAAGUUAGUUAGUUAGUGAUAUAGUUUUAGAUGUCAGUAGACCAAGUUAGUGAUAUAGUUUUAGAUGUCAGUAGACCAAGUUAGUGAUAUGAUUUUAACUUUUAUGUUUAAGAAGAUAGGAAAAUAUGGACUAUUUAAAAGAAAUUAAAACAUUUUCAUAUAAAUGGUGAUAUAAAAUUGUCUGUUUAAGGCACUGUUGUUGGAAUGAGUGAUUACCUUCGGCCUAAAACUGCUCCUGGGAUGGAGAGUGGAGGAAGUCUUUUUACACUAAGGUAUAAAAAAUAUCAAAAUUAAAAAGACCUAUGCAAUUUAAGUUGUGCAAUGAUUUUUUUUAUUGUUGUCUUGUUUAUGUUUAAAUCAAAAAUUUCAUUCCUAUCAUCUCCCUUUUACUAAUGUUUCUAUAGUGCCCGCCCACAUACAGCAGUCCCUUCAGAUGAUAGAGUAAUCUCCCCCCACAAGCCACCACAAUCACCACUGAAAACAAGGGAAACAAUUGGCUACACCACAGAUGGGGAGGCAAGUUUGCAGGAUGUUGGAAGUGAAACUAAAAGGCUUAUCUUUCAUGACAGUGACUUUAUUGUCACACAGAUUGUUGAUAAUCCCAAGGUAACUUUGGAUUACAUAUUUAUUUUAUUAUCCCGCAGAUUAUUGAUAAUCCUGAGGUACCUUUGAUUCACAUUCUUGUAUUUACUGUUUGCAAAAGUCUGACACCAUUUCAAAAGGAAUUUCCCUAUGAUGCUUUAUAUCUAUCUAAACCAGGGUUUCUUAGCUUGUAUUUGCCCAGUGGCCCAAAUUAACAUUUUAUUUACCUCAUGCCUGCUUCCAUGUCAUUAUUUUAUAAAAAAACAUCUUUUUAUACUCGCAGUUUGUUUUUUUAAAGCUAUUGUGCACUCCAAAUAAUAUGAUGUGGUCUUCUAACGGGCCAUACAGUCAAAUGUUGAGAAACGCUGAUCUAAAGCAGCUUCUGUCUGGAAUAAUUACAUUUGCAUCGUGAUUUAACACAAAACAUAUUUAUUACAUUAUUUGAAAUAAAUUAUUUUCACUUACAGAUACAAAAAGUCACACAGUGUAAAUAUGAUGUUAAAGUGCUGCCAGUGCCUCCAUUCAAUUGUAAGUUCACUUGCACUCUAAAUAGAGAUAACAUUCAAAAGCUUUUUUAAUGUGAAAUGAUCAUGAGCAAAAAUUCUGAUCUUUUUUGGUGUCGUGAAAACUUGAAAUCAUUCUAGAAUUUAACAUCUCCUCUACAAAUGGGUAACUCUACCUCGGCACAGGGGCAUAAUUUUAAGGGCUGAAACAUUUUAUUUGUGACUUUUGACUGUUUGGAACUCUACUGAAAACAAAAAAAAUUCAGCUUAACUUAGUUUUUCUUUUUGCUAAGGCUUAAACAUGUAUCUGUGCUUGUUUCAUAUUACCAAUGUCUGAUUUUUUUACAAGCAUUUAAGACAAAAUAAUUUUAUUGAAAUAAAAAAAGUCCAGUUGAGUUUUUAAAUACUGAGAGAUAAAAAAUACUGAGAGGUAUAAAACACUGAGUGAUAUAAAAUACUGAGAGAUAUAAAAUACUGAGAGGUAUAAAACACUAAGUGAUAUCAAAUAAUGAGAUGUAUAAAAUACUAAGAGGUAUAAAAUACUGAGAGGUAUAAAAUACUGAGAUGUAUAAAAUACUAAGAGGUAUAAAAUACUGAGAGGUAUAAAACACUAGUGAUAUAAAAUACUGAGAGGUAUAAAACACUAAGUGAUAUCAAAUAAUGAGAUGUAUUAUUACUCUCAUAUUGCCCACAUUUAAUGUCUUCUGGGGCUCACCUUGUAUCAAUAAACUAUCUUAUGUAGCCAGCUGAGGACUAAAGAUGACAAAAUUAUAAAUUUUCUCAUGUGGCCAGCUGUAGACUAAAGAUGACCCAAUUUUACACUUUCUGCUAAAGCCAGGAAUGGUUUAAAUUAUGAGCUGAGAUCAAAGCAAACUACUUGAAACAGCCUCUGUGUUGUAAUGAUAGUCCUUAUGUCCUCUAAUAUCAUCAAGUCUUCUUCCUUAUGUCCUCUAAUAUGAUCAAGUCUUCUUCCUUAUGUCCUGUAAUAUGAUCAAGUCUUCUUCCUUAUGUCCUCUAAUAUGAUCAAGUCUUCUUCCUUAUGUCCUGUAAUAUGAUCAAGUCUUCUUCCUUAUGUCCUCUAAUAUGAUCAAGUCUUCUUUCUUAUGUCCUCUAAUAUGAUCAAGUCUUCUUUCUUAUGUCCUCUAAUAUGAUCAAGUCUUCUUCCUUAUGUCCUCUAAUAUGAUCAAGUCUUCUUCCUUAUGUCCUGUAAUAUGAUCAAGUCUUCUUCCUUAUGUCCUCUAAUAUGAUCAAGUCUUCUUUCUUAUGUCCUCUAAUAUGAUCAAGUCUUCUUCCUUAUGUCCUGUAAUAUGAUCAAGUCUUCUUCCUUAUGUCCUCUAAUAUGAUCAAGUCUUCUUUCUUAUGUCCUCUAAUAUGAUCAAAUCUUCUUUCUUAUGUCCUCUAAUAUGAUCAAGUCUUCUUUCUUAUGUCCUGUAAUAUGAUCAAGUCUUCUUUCUUAUGUCCUCUAAUAUGAUCAAGUCUUCUUUCUUAUGUCCUCUAAUAUGAUCAAGUCUUCUUUCUUAUGUCCUGUAAUAUGAUCAAGUCUUCUUUCUUGUGUCCUCUAAUAUGAUCAAGUCUUCUUUCUUAUGUCCUCUAAUAUGAUCAAGUCUUCUUUCUUAUGUCCUCUAAUAUGAUCAAGUCUUCUUCCUUAUGUCCUCUAAUAUGAUCAAGUCUUCUUUCUUAUGUCCUCUAAUAUGAUCAAGUCUUCUUUCUUAUGUCCUCUAAUAUGAUCAAGUCUUCUUUCUUAUGUCCUCUAAUAUGAUGAAGUUAACUUCCUUAUGUCCUCUAAUAUGAUCAAGUCUUCUUUCUUAUGUCCUCUAAUAUGAUCAAGUCUUCUUUCUUAUGUCCUCUAAUAUGAUCAAGUCUUCUUUCUUAUGUCCUCUAAUAUGAUCGUCUUCUUUCUUAUGUCCUCUAAUAUGAUCAAGUCUUCUUUCUUAUGUCCUCUAAUAUGAUGAAGUUAACUUCCUUAUGUCCUCUAACAUGAUCAAGUCUUCUUUCUUAUGUCCUCUAAUAUGAUCAAGUCUUCUUUCUUAUGUCCUCUAAUAUGAUCAAGUCUUCUUUCUUAUGUCCUCUAAUAUGAUCAAGUCUUCUUUCUUAUGUCCUCUAAUAUGAUCAAGUCUUCUUUCUUAUGUCCUCUAAUAUGAUCAAGUCUUCUUUCUUAUGUCCUCUAAUAUGAUCAAGUCUUCUUCCUUGUGUCCUCUAAUAUGAUCAAGUCUUCUUUCUUAUGUCCUCUAAUAUGAUCAAGUCUUCUUUCUUAUGUCCUCUAAUAUGAUCAAGUCUUCUUUCUUAUGUCCUCUAAUAUGAUGAAGUUAACUUCCUUAUGUCCUCUAAUAUGAUCAAGUCUUCUUUCUUAUGUCCUCUAAUAUGAUCAAGUCUUCUUUCUUAUGUCCUCUAAUAUGAUCAAGUCUUCUUUCUUGGCAGCUGAGAAACUCUGUAGCCUGUCUGAUAAGGAAAUACAAAAACAUGCCAAGGCCAUCUUUGAUAACAUCACACUGGUUGAGAAAGGCCCACCAUCUCAUAAAAAGAUUCAACUUCUCCAUUACAUUGCUUGUGUGGCAUCAUGCCGACGGCUGUCUGCCGCUCUCGUAUGUCCUUUGUGUUUAUUAUUUACCAAUAAUGCUAAGAAUCCGGUGUCCGUAGGUUCCUCUGAUAAAACAUUUUUUUUUAUGAAUUUCUUUAAAUUUUAAUUUUAUCUUUAUUUUUUCUAACAGUUGUUUUUCUUUUCAAUUUAUUAUGAGUUGGUAUCUUCAAUUUUUUAAAAAUGUUAUCUGUUUAGAUUAGGAGGAUAAAAAAAUGGUCUAGUCAUUUGCUCUUAAAAUGUCAUUAAACCACAAAAAAUACAUUUAAAUAUUUGUGUCAUGGGGAAACACUGCCUGGUUCUAUUGCCUGUUUGUUAUUAUAACACCAGUAUGUUAUUAAAACAACUUUAUGUUAUUAUAUUACUAGAAUGUUAUUUUUUCUUAAGAUAAAAAAUACUAAUAAAACAAUUUUUUUAAAGCCAUUUAUUUGUAGAAUAAUAAUUGUUUUGACAGACACACUUGGGCUUGCUGGGGGCAAUGACCAAGCAGAUCAAAGAUUCAUCGCAUGUUGACAUGUAAGUAGAACAAAGAAAUAUGGCCAAGCUACUACGUGGAAGAACCCCAUUAAAAUGGUUAACCCCAGCCAGAGGAACCCAUUUAAAAUGAUUUAACACCUGCAUUCAUUUACUAUAAAAAAAUCUUGUUCUUUUCAUGAGGAAAAUUAUGAAAAUGAAAUCAAGUUACCAAUGUUCUAAUUUAAAUGUAGUGUCUUUAAAAGUAUUUAACUUUGAACUCAUGCUUUGUAUCCUUGUUAAUCUGUUUUAGGAGAUUAAAGUUUGCAAGAGCUCUGGCUUUGGUAGCACAUUUCACUGAUUCCGUGGAUACUUCCAUAAACAUUACUGAAGUAAGGUGGAGAAAGAAACACUUAAAUAUCCAGUUUAUAAAAACUUUUUCCAGCUUAAUUUGAAAGAUGUUUAAAUUUUUUGGUUUGGGGUUAUCAUGUUCAACUCGGGUUUGGGGUAUCAUAUUCAACUGCUAUAUUUCUGGUUUGAUGAGUUUCCAGAGGUGAAAUUUAACUCCAAUUAGUCUAAAAAUGCCUUUUAAUCUAUCUCAAUAAGGUGGACGUUGAUUUCUCUGUGAUGUUGAAAUAAAUUUUGGAACAUGCACAAAAGAAUAUUAACCCAUCCAACUCUGUUGUUACUAUGUUCCUAACGUUAAGAUCUUCCAAAUGUUAAGAUUUUUCCUUCUUAAACAUUAACAACUCCCGCACUAGGUGCGUUGAUUGAACAGGGAGUGGUCUCCACAUUGUCUAGGAAGAACAAUACUAUUCAAAGAUAUAAAUCAAACAACUCCAGGUUGGAAAUAUUAAUGUUCUUUCUAUAUGUGGCUACCCUGGAUAACGACAGGUUCAAAAACGUCCUCAUUUUAAAUGUUACUACCAUGACGUCACAAUCUCGACCUCCCAAAAUGCUCUCAGGGUCAACAAAUUUUUAUAUCAACCUAAGUCUAGUUCACAACACCUGUAACUGCCUGAUCCAGCUGGUACAGAUUCAACCACUCAACUCGCUGUUUACAUGUUGCUAUAUUGAAAUGAGUAAUCUAUUUAAAUAAAAAACCUCACGCGAAAUAAGGCCAAGGGAUAUUACUUCCAUAUUUUGUUAUUUUUAGCAAUCUGGCUCGGAGAAUUCAUUAUUUUAAAAGCAGAUUUAUUUUUAAUUUUGUUAAGAUCAUGAGUAGUUGAUAAAUUUGUUGUUAAAAAAACAAUUUAUUUCAUAGAAAUAUAUUAAAAAUAUAUUUAAAUUAUUUUCUCAACCUAUCCACAAUAAAAGUGGGGGGGUGUUUGUGUGUGUGUGUGUGUUUAUAACCCCCCCCCCCCUUUGAUUGAGGUUUCAAGGGAUAAUUUUUAUGUGGGCCCAGAAUUGAAUGGGUUAAUCCAUAAUUUCCAUUAAAUAACGGCAUGGUUAACAGAAAAGUCAUGUGAAGAAAAUAAUGAAUCAAUUUCAUCUUUCAAUUCCAAAAGGUGGUACUUAAGCUUCAUUUUUAAGAGGUUUUAUUUUUUGCUCCUUCUUCAUUAGAGUUUUUUGUAUAUUUUCAUACAUUAACUUUAAAUAAUUCACAAGCUUUACCAGACAGCAGAAUCUAGAUUCAAUAAUUAAUUGAAGCAUUAAACAUCAUAUUAAGCCACAGAUGUUGAUUAUUAUUUCUUUAACGUUUAAAUGAAUAGAACACACAAAUAUUAUAUUAAUAAAUGGUUUUAAUUUCUCUUUCAGGCCAUGACCACACUGAGUGACAUGUUGAGAGAAAACAUGAAAAAUGGCAGACUAAAGCAAGGCUUGUUGCCUGCCCUUGGGGAAAUGAUUGCAAUGGUCGCAGCACAGGUCAUUUGCUGUACUGAAAUAAAUUACGAGACAAAACUAUCCUUGAACAGUUUAAACAAUGACAUCUCCUUAUUAUGACAUCUGAUAUUAACAAUUACAAAUAGUUGACAAUAAUAAGCUCUAUACAGACAGCUGCAAUAUAUAUUUGAAGAAAACUACCACUUGAAAAUCCUCAAUUCCUUCUUUAAAGACAAAAUCCUAUUUAUUUAUGAGAAACAUAAGUGCUUCAAUAAAGUAUUAUUUUAACAUAGCUGAUUGUUACAUAGAACCCACUGUAGACUUAUAAAUAAGAGAAAAGUGUAAUUUAUGCUUCAUAAAAAUAAUAGAGUUUGCUUUUGUCUCCUUAAAUUGAGUAAAACUUAACAUGGCAUAAAUAGAAUAAGUAUGCUGUUUAAAGUUUUAACUGCUAGAGAAAUUGUCAUGAUAUAUAAUAUAGGUAGGUAUUUUGUAUGAGAAUAAGUACAAAUGUGUAUCAACCAGAACUUUUUUUCAGGAGCAGAAAACCCAAGAAGCUGUUGAAAUCUGGACAGUACCUUCCAUCGCUUACACAACCAUCAUAAGAGGAAUAAGAGAAGGGGUGAGUACUGGAAGGUUAGAGUUAGGCUAUUAUGCAAUUUAGAGUUGCACACUCUGUGAUGCAGACUUUUUGGUACAUGGAAGGAUUUUUUUUAUGAUUUUUUAAUUUUUCUGCUAGAUAGAAAUUUAAAAAUCAAAAAAUUAUAAGCUUUAUGUGAUAAUGAUAUUUGCAUAUUUUUUUUAAUGACCUAGAAUAUUUUUUAUUGAAUUCUUGAUUCUGGCAUUUUGUUAUGAGGCUACUUUUGACAUCUAUGAAUAAUUUGAAUCAUUAACUGCUUUGGUGCAGGUUUAAAAGUUUAAAUAAACAUCUAUAAUUAUUAAUAUAUAUUUUAAAACUGUUUAAUAGUUGAAUUGUUUUUAACAGGGCUGUUCAGAUGUAAGUCUUUAUUACAUGAUUUAUUGUUAAAGUUGUGAUACAAAUUCAAUUUGGAUUCAUUGGUUUCAUUUAAUUUGAAAGUUUGUUUCUACUGUGGGAUUUUUUGUUAAAUGGUAAGCCAAUGUAUGAAAGGAUAGGAAAAUAUUAAAACAUACAUCCGAGCAAAAGUUUCAUUGCAAUUUGCCAUUGGUUUGGUUGUUGCUUUUUCUAAAGAUAAUUACUGAUCAAAUGUAAAUGCCUUAGUUAAUUCAAUUACUGGCAAAUAAAUCUGUCCAUUGAUCAUUUAUGUAUUACCGUAUAUUACCAUGCAUACUAGGAUCCACAUGUAAUGUGAACCCCCAACUUUAAAAAAAAAAAAAAUAAUGCAAUGUGUUAAUCUUGUUCUAUAAUAAUACAAACUAACAAAAAAAUAUUUAUUUUUAGAAAAUGUUACUAUUUCCAAAACCCUUUUAAUUAUUAUAAUGUUUAAAAUGAACUGUGGUCAUACUGACACAACUAUCAUAAUAUCCCUUUUGUACUCCCAUGUAUAAGUAUAAUGUAUACCCCUAUUUUAGGUAGCAUUUUUUAACCUAAAUUUCUGGCAUUAUAUAAAUGAUAUUAUACAUCUUUUACCUUGGCUAAUUAAAAUAAAUAAUGAGAACAGAUAAGUACUAUGAGGUUUGACCUGUAUAUCAAGUAAUCAAGUUUACUUCAGGCAGAAGGCUUAUUUUUGUUAGUUAAUUAUUUUUUAGAUGCAUUAGUAGACUUAAAUACUAGUUUUAUUUUAUAGGACUAGUGUACUGAUUUUUUCUCCAGGAUGAUCAAGUUUUGAAUCACAUAGCCACUAAAAUUAUUGAGACUGUGACAGCCACCAUAUCAAGCCAUGCUCAGGUAAAAACUGAUCUCAAUGACUUGUUGAUUGUAUUUCUGAUUGUCUUGUUGACUGAUUAAUUUUUGGACUUGUCGAUUGAUUUGCCAUUUGAUUUUUUUAAGCUCAUUUUUUCUGAAUUUUCAAACUAGAGUGAAUCUGUGCUUAAUUCUAGCCUUCACUUCCCAGUUUAUUCAUAUGCCAUUAUUACUAUCACCUGGCUCAACAAGCAAGUAUAUGAGCUCUCCACUUUUAAUCUCUUCCCUAGCCAAAAAUGUAGCCUUUUAAACUAGUAUAUUUGCCACAUUUCAAUUACAAAAAUUAAAAUCUAGUAUGUUUGCCACAUCCCAGUAAUGAAUAUAGUCUCAAAUGUUUCUGUAUCUGAAAUCUCUUAUGCUUGAUUAGCAUGUAUUGUAAUUCUAGCAUUAACUAAUCUCAGUGUAGUUAAAUAUUUCAAACAUUUCUAUACAAAAAAUAUGUACUAUCAGGUUUUAAAAAUAUAUUUUACAUAUUUCAUAGCUUUGUCAUGUUUACAUAAAAUUAAUCUAAUAAUAGCUAUACACAUUCUCCUCCUCCUAGAAAUUUGUGACCCAGGAGGUGUGCCAGUCUCUGUGGUAUUUAUUCAAGCAUUCAUCUUUAGAUGCACUCAAAUGUACUACAAUAUCCGUAAGAAAUGUGCUUAUCAAUUUGUUAGGUAGUUAAAAACAUUUCACUCAGGUUUUUCAGGUCACUAAGUGGUGAUCAUAAAAUUCCUUACAUUUUAACUUAUUUAUUGCUGAGUUUGAUAACACAGAGAUGGUAUUACUUUUAUUUGGAUAUUUUCAACAGACGUUGUUAAAGUUAAACUGUAAUUUUCCAAAUAUUCAAUAAUUUGAUGAAAUAUAUCCUGAUAUUACAGAGAAGGUAAAUAAAUGAACUAUGAUGUAAAGCUAAAAACUAAACAAUUGUAUGGUAUGUCAUUGUAUGUCUAGUAAGUCUAUAGGAGAUUUAGGGGGGGGGGGGGGGAAGGGUAGAGAAAAAAAAUAAAAUUAUUAUUUAAAUGUAAAGCUAAAAACUAAACAAUUGUAUGGUAUGUCAUUGUAUGUCUAGUAAGUCUAUAGGAGAUUUAGGGGGGGGGGGGUGAAGAGUAGAGAAAAAACAUAAAAUUAUUAUUUAUUGCUUGUAUAUUUAUGUAUUAAUUAAAUAAUUUUUGAAAUAGUAAUCAAUUUUACUAAAAUAUAUUAAUGUAUUGAAUAUUUGUUGAAUUACACAUCUAAUCAGCUGUGCUAAUUGACUUUUUUGGGGCUGCCUCUAAGUUAUUUAAUAUUAUUAUCCCUAACUUAGGCCCUGUGUCACCUGACAUGGCAAAACCCAGCCAUGUUCCAAAAUCUCCUGGACUCUGGAGGUGUAACAACCAUCAUGCAAGCACUCAACAGUGGAGUGUCCAGAAUACAGCAGUCGGUCAUCACCAUGAUUGGCGUGUUUCUGGCUUCUAUUGGUUACUCCAGCCGCCUGUUCCAAGAUAAAGUAAGUAUCAAGAUCUGGUGUCUAGACAAAAUAUUCACAAAGACAAAUAGCAUUUAUAUGACUUUUUUUCUCUUCAAAAUUAUUUGUUUAUAAUCUUCUUUACAUUAUAAUUUUAAACAGUGUUAGUUAAAGUAAGCUAUUGUUAAAGUUAACUAUUCUGCCACACAUCCAGGACUUUUGUACCAAGAUAAUGAGAUGCUUUGAAAGUCCGUCAGCUGUGAUCAGGGGCAAGGCAUUUGUUGUUAUUUAUGAGAUCGUGCACAACAACAGUGACCUACUACUCAGUUGCUGCCUGUCCAGGUAACUCUCUUGUUUGUUUCACAUCAAUGAUGGUAUGUGAUGCUGCUCAGUACGAAUAUGUGAUGCUGCUCAGUCAGAAUAUGUGAUGCUGCUCAGUCAGAAUAUGUGAUGCUGCUCAGUCUGAAUAUGUGAUGAUGUCAAUCUGAACAUGUGACGCUGCUCAGUCUGAACGUGUGACACUGCUCAGUCUGAAUAUGUGACACUGCUCAGUCUGAACGUGUGACACUGCUCAGUCAGAAUAGGUGAUGCUGCUCAGUCUGAACAUGUGACACUGCUCAGUCUGAACAUGUGACGCUGCUCAGUCUGAACAUGUGACACUGCUCAGUCUGAACGUGUGACACUGCUCAGUCUGAACAUGUGACGCUGCUCAGUCUGAACGUGUGACACUGCUCAGUCUGAACAUGUGACGCUGCUCAGUCUGAACAUGUAACACUGCUCAGUCAGAAUAUGUGAUGCUGCUCAGUCUGAAUAUGUGAUGAUGUCAAUCUGAACAUGUGACGCUGCUCAGUCUGAACGUGUGACACUGCUCAGUCUGAAUAUGUGACACUGCUUAGUCUGAACAUGUGACACUACUCAGUCUGAACAAUAUUGAACAACCCCCAGAGUGUGAAUUCCCCAAUAUUACUCUUGUAUAAUUGUUUUCUUACAGACUAGUGAUGUACAUAGAAAGAGACAGUCGUAGACAGACUCCCAGAACACCGAAAGCAAAACCUAUUGAAGCGCAGGAGUAUUUAAGUCAAUGCCUUGAGCUCCUUAUCUCUGGGAUAGUUCAACGUCUGCCCUCAAUAAUGGGUGAGACAUAGAGGAUUUGUAGAUGAUCAUUUGUAAUAGUUCGUGUUGAUGUGAAAGUGUCCCUGGGCAAGGAAUUCUGAUUCUAUUGCAGCAUAUUUGUUUGGAGAUUGAGAACUUUUCAUGCUAUUAAGUGUGUUGUUAUAUCCUUGUGGAUGGUUUUCUGUAGCAAUCCAGCUAAUGAUACGUGUCAAGAGAUGCAAAUUUUAUUGACUUUGUAUUCAAGAUGGGUGAAGCUUUAUUUCAUAAAGAUAAAUCAAUCAAACCAAUGUUUUAGGAUAAAGCUUUAGUUAGUCUGAAUGCUUAGUCUGAAUGACCAACAAGAUGUAGUGUUAGAUGGCUUAGUCUGAAUGACCAACAAGAUGUAGUGUUAGAUGGCUUAGUCUGAAUGACCAACAAGAUGUAGUGUUAGAUGGCUUAGUCUGAAUGACCAACAAGAUGUAGUGUUAGAUGGCUUAGUCUGUUUAGUAAAACAGAAAGUAAAGGUGUUUUUUUUAAUUCUUACCUCUAACUUAACUCUUAUGUUUGUAUAAUGAGUGAGCUGCCAUCUAAAUCUGCUACCAGAUCGGUCUAAUGCAUAAAAUUGCAAAAAAUCUUUAUAUUUUUUUAUUGGACUUUUGGUAGCCCCAAUACCCACCGAAUUAUUUUUAUAAAAUUUACUUAUGUAAAUUCUUGGUCUUUUUUGCAAUUCAAAAUUAUUAAAUUUCCUUAACUUUCAAAUUUUAUUUUACAAAUGAGAAGUUUAAAAAAACAAAAUCUAAUAGAAAUCCACUCUUGAGAGUAUUUCAUAUCUGGGGUUUCUAUCUAAAUAGUAGUCGAAAUGUUUCUGUAACAGUAUAUAACAAACUCUGUAAAGGCUGCCAUAUUGAGAGGUCAUGUGAUAUUCUUCUAUCUGACAUAUUGUGAAGUAAGUGUAAGGAUGAGAGCAAAUAUAACUAAUCAAUAUAAGAUGUGAAAGUAAAUAUAUAGAUAGCCUGUGAUGGAGGUGGUAUUUUUAUUAUUUAUUAUUUGAAUACAGUUUCAAUAAAGUGCUUAGUAGUGUCAGUGGACUUAAUAAUUUAUUUUAUGUAGAUGUGGCUGCGACACUUGAAUGAUACUUAUAUUUAGCUAACUAUCAUCGCUGAGUUGCCCACAACAACAGAGUGAAAAGUUACAGUUUCAUUGUGUUCAUUUCUUUCGACCUCAAAAAGAUUGUUAAAAAAUGUAUCUCCUUUUCUUACACAAUAUGACAAUGUUUUGUUGAGUUUGGAAAUAUUAUUAUUAACAUGAACAUGCAUCUACUGAUUCCUUAUGGUGCCAUAUAUUUAUGCAUUUGCUCAGAUGAGAUAUUGGAAUGUUUGGAGCAGGUUGGAGGUCGCAAGCAUCCAAGCACUACCCAGGUGAAACAGCUCAAGUCCUCUCUACCCUUGAUACCAAUAUUCAAUCACCUGGUCACCAGUCAGGUAUUGUUUAGUCCAAUGACCCACUGUAAAUCUUUGAGUAAUGAUCACUUGUAAUCUGACAAUCUUUGAGUGAUGCUGACUUGUAAUCUGACUAUCUUUGAGUGAUGGUGAAUUGUAAUUUGACAAUCUUUGAGUGAUGGUGACUUGUAAUCUGACACUCUUUGAGUGUUGGUGACUUGUAAUCUGACAAUCUUUGAGUGAUGCUGACUUUUAAUCUGACAAUCUUUGAGUAAUGGUGACUUGUAAUCUGACAAUCAAUGAGUGAUGGUGACUGAUAUUGUCUUCUGACUUGAAGAAAGGCACAAGAAAAAAGAGCCUGAUAAUACAUAUCAUAAAAAAAAUUUAACAGACACUAGCUUCUUGAUUGUAUUAAAUUUUAAAUGUCAAGUCACUGAGUAAAUGCUGACAAUUUUUCCAUUUAUCCUGGUUUAGUCUUGUCACAAUCACAAUGUCUUGUAAGUCAUAACAGAGACCUAGUGGUUCAAAUAAUGGUGACUAAUACUUCAUUACACAGUGUUAUGUAGGACACUUUUCGCUGUGCGUGAACUUGCUUGACCCCAAAUUAGAUUCCUAGCACAUGCUACGUUCAUAGAUGGGCGUGGCUUAGUCCUUUGAUCUGUCGUGUUUACUGCUGACUACCAAUUAAACAUGGUUAGUUUGUCUCCUAGUAUCUUGUGGAACUUUCUCGAUUUGACGAGAAACGUAAACAAUGUCAAGGGCGUUUCUGGACGUGUCGGUAGACCCACUAUAUAAAUAAGGGGUUUCUGAGAAAUUCAGAUAGAUUGAUAGAUAUGUUUAACUUCGCGAGAUGUGGAUUAUUCUUUGUGUACUCAUAUGUGUUUAUUGGCAUUCAUCAUUCAUCAUUAUUUAUUUAUUUAUUUAUUUAUUUAGGCAUUUUUAUAUAGCGCUUAUCAUAAAGCUCUAAGCGCUUUACAAUUAUUAAAACAUGUAAACUAAGUAAAUACAAAUGAGACACUAGGAUAGUAACUACUAUUCUAUAGAAACAAUGAAAAUGGCUAUAAAAAGAGGACACUUUGACACUUCAGGAUUAAACCGAAACAGAAAAUUAGGUAGGGCAAGGAGGGUGCAUCACAGGUCAUAGGCGGACCUAAACAGAUGAGUUUUAAGGGACUUUUUGAAAAUGGACGAGGUUUCACUAUGACGUAUAUGGAAGGGGAGCUGGUUCCAGAACGUGGGCCCAUGGAAGCAGAAGGAGCGUUCACCGAUGGUCUUAGUUUUAGUUCUUGGGAUUGAGAGGGUUCUACUGUCAAUGGAAGAGCGUAGUUGUCUUGUGGGGAUGUAAGGAAGCAUUAUUAAUUGGCACAUUGUACUAUUUGUGUACCGAUACAAGAUUUUCCCAUAUUCUGUUAGUUGAUGAUUUAUAAUUAUAUUUCUUUUGUUUUGUUAUUAUAUUAUUCCUAACUUAAAUCUUAUUAAUUGUAAUUGGUACUGUUUUGGGUGUCGUAUUUUUGCUAUUGUAUUUUUCUAUGGUAUUGUCCUUUGUUAGGCACUGUUUGAACGAGCCAUAAAUUUAAAAUAGGAGAUUAAUUUCUCACAAUAGAACCCAGUGCAUAGCACACACGAUCACAAUAAUAGUUAAUAUGAAAUAGGUCUACAUCUCAUGCCAAACAUACUAAAUCCGAAAACACUUUGAAUGUAUCAUAUGUAUUCCAAUACUAGCUUCUCGGUAAAAUUCUUUACUUGAUAAAGUGUUAUCACUCUAUAAAUCUUCAUUUAAAACAUAAACGUGUUCUGUUCAAUCUUCUUACAUAUAUAUCCUGAAUCAACUGUCAUAUUAUUCAAACACCAUUUUUUUUUUUUGACUCCUUGCUCUCUCCUGAUUGGCCAGUUUUCUCUAAGUCCCAAUACUCUUUAUUUUACAGUAAUAACUCCCAUAUUACUGAUCUCCCAUAUAUUCAUAUCUGUGACAAGUCUGCUUUAAUUUUUAGCAAUAUCAUACAAUUAUUUGGUAUUGUUUACCAGGAGCAAAUUUGAUUAUUUUCUAAUACCAAAAAAUAAAUUGGGCUAAGUAGUUAUAAACCUUUUAUGCUAUGAAAACAUGCAGAAUUGAUUUAUAAGCAGAUGUUUAAAUGAUUUAUAAGCAGAUGUUUAAACAAUAUAUAGAUACAAUUUAUUGAGCAGGUGAGAAGAAGCCAAAUCGUACUCUAUUUAAGUAAUAUAAUCAACUUUUAUUUUGAUGAAAUCAAACCAAGCCUUGGGGUUCUUAAGGCGAAAUCUAAAGAUUGGCAACUCCUGUGUGAAAGAAAGAACAUAUAAAGCCUUUAUCUGUCCGAUUUUAGAUUAUGCAUCUUCAGUCUGGGACCCAUUUACCCAGAAGAGCAUUGACAGGUUGGAGGGGGUCCAGCGACGAGCAGCACGCUUUGUCCUAAACUGCUACAGGAAUACCUCUAGUGUUGGCAGCAUGCUAGAAACACUAGGCUGGUCACCAUUGGAGAAACGACGACGACAAUCCAGGCUCUCCAUGAUGUACAAGAUAAAUAAUGGGCUGGUCCACUGUUCCAGUAUUAAACAGAAACUCGUCCCUCUCCCCCAUAGACUGCGACGAGGCCAUGACAGGCAAUUCAGGCUCAUACCAGCAAGAAGCCAGUAUAGGAGCUGCUCAUUCCUGCCCAAGACAAUCAGGGACUGGAACCAUCUUUCAAAAGGAACAGUUGAGGCGAUAACACUAGACACAUUUGUGUCUAUUGCCUCAAGCCUUCAAACCCCUAGUGCAUAAUUUCCUCAUCACCACCAGUAACAGAAACAUUGCAAAUCCCAUCUACAUGCAUAGGAGCCAANNGUCUAUUGCCUCAAGCCUUCAAACCCCUAGUGCAUAAUUUCCUCAUCACCACCAGUAACAGAAACAUUGCAAAUCCCAUCUACAUGCAUAGGAGCCAAAAUGAUCAAUAAAUUGAUCGUGGGCCCUUAAGAUAUAGAAGAAGAACUCAACUGCAUAUUACCUUUUAAAACUCUGUUUAAUCAUAUUGUGUGUUUCAUAAACCCAUUCUCACUGCUCUAUAUUGUGUGUUACAUAAACCUUCUAUUUAGGAUCACUCUCACUGCUCUAUUUUGUGUGUUACACAAACCUUCUAUUUAGGAUCACUCUCACUGCUCUAUAUUCUGUGUUACAUAAACCUUCUAUUUAGGACCACUCUCACUGCUCUAGCUAUGUGCCAUUCUAAUUUUUAAAUAUUUCAUGUGAGAGUGAUACAUUUUAAUAAUACAUUUUUUUUACAUUUAAAUUUGUUAGGUAUUCCGAGGAUUCAUCAUAAGUCAGCACUUUCUUGGACAAUAUGUGAAACUUCUAAGUCAUGUAGUAAAGAUUGAAUCAGGGGAGACCAAUAUUGAAUCUGCCUCAGGUGAGUUAUUACCCUUCAGUUUAUUGGAAUAUUUGGGGGCGUCCAUUAAUAACGUCAACAAUUUUUAAGCAACUUUUUACUGCCUCCCCCCCCCCCUGUUAAAGACUAAUUAUCAUUUGUUUGUGGAAGUAGAAAUAUGAUUAUUGUCAGUAUAUCUGACAAUUGUAGCAUAGUUUCUAGCUGCUAUAAUUUUCCCAGGGAGUAGCCAGGUUUUGCUCUAUCGUAACAAUGGACAUACUAGCUGAUUUAUCAUUUUCAUCUUGCGGAACUGAUAUACCAGUCAAGUCAACUUCAUCCACAUCUAACCAUUCAGCACUUUAAAUUGAAGCAUUGUCAGUGUAAGCAAUAAUUGCCAUAAGUCUCUCUGUCUCCUGGCAGCUACUUGCUUAGUCGAAUCCUUUUUUGUUGAGGAGCAGGUGGUAAUUUCUUAUUCGUUAUCGGUGCUGUUGAGCUUGCUAUUUCAACAUGACUUGUAAUGCAAACUAGAUGUUACAGAUUUUUGCCAAUCCGUUCAAGCAGCGAUGUUAUUAUGGUUACUCACUUUACUUUCCCCUAAUUCUCAAAAUAUCGUAUUCUUAAUCUAUCAAUACCAUUUAUCUUGACCGCACAUGGCUCUGGAACCUUGUCCUUGUUCCAUACCUGCAACUGGAUCCCAAACAUAAUGCCCAGUCAUUAGCGACAAAUAGAAUCUACAGUUGAAGAGAGGCCAACUUUUGACUUCUCUUGCAUUAACUAAAUGUGCUAACAUUCUGACCAGCCAUCAGCAGUGCAUAGACAGACACACAUUAAAUAAAUCUUAUAUUGUUAAAAGCCUAAAAAAUUAUAUAACUAUUUUAAUUUACAGUCAUUAAAUUUGUUAAAAUAAUGUAAUAACCAGUCAAUUUUAAGAUUAAUAUUUUAAUAGAGAAAAAAUGAUUUUUGUCGUCAAAUGAUCUAAACCCCCCCCCCUCCCCCUUGUCAACAAAUGUCAAACAUUUCCAAACACCCACCCCCCUAUUUUUUUGACAUAAUUAAUGGACGACCCCUUUAGACUAUUUGAAAAAGUUGUUGUUUUGCAAUUUUUUGUUUCUCCACAUUCUUAAGACUUGUUUUUAUAAGUUUUGAAUGUAGCAUCAAUUUUAAAAUUAAAAUUUUAAUAGAAAAAAAAUACUUUUGGCCUUCAAAUGACUAAACCCCCCCCCCUCCCCCUUGUCAACAAAUGUCAAACAUUUCCAAACACCCCCCCCCCUAUUUUUUUGACAUAAUUAAUGGACGACCCCUUUAGACUAUUUGAAAAAGUUGUUGUUUUGCAAUUUUUUGUUUCUCCACAUUCUUAAGACUUGUUUUUAUAAGUUUUGAAUGUAGCUUUCAAAUUUCAUUAAAAUAAUAUUUUUUUAAAUAUUUGAUAGCCUCAUCCACAAUCAUUUCUUCCAGCAUCUAACAUUGAUAAAUAAACAAAUGAAAAGUUUUUUUUUUAUUUAUUUAUUUUUUCAAAUUGACCAUAGUUGGCCCUGGUGUGUAUAGUGAACAGAAGGCUUUUUUUUAGAUUUGGUGGUUGAAUAGUCAAUAUAAAUACAAAUUUAACAAAUGAAUAAGUUAUUGAGUUCAAAUAAUUGCAAAGUUGAGAAACUGUAAUUCUUUAUUUAUGUUUGUUUGUUUUUGUCAUAAGGAAAAAGGCAGAGUGAUAAAUUGCCAUUCUUAAAGGUACAUGGUGGUGUAAAAUAAUAACAUUAUAGUAGAUUACAAAAUAAUGCAGCACUUCUUGAAUUCUGUUAAUGACAUCUCCACAACUCUGCUUUCAAACGUAGCAUUUUUUUAAAAAAUGUUUCUAAAAGAAAUAUGUUGUUCAUUGUCAUUGAGAGGCAACUAUUACAACAAAAAGGUCAGGAAUCUGUUGGUGUUGUUUUUGAGUUAACAUGAGCAGGAAUCUGUUGGUGUUGUUUUUGAGUUAACCUGAGACAAAAUGGAAAUACUUGCAUAAUCAAAGGGCGCAAUUAUAUUUUAUUACCUCUAGGAUUACAAAGUCUAAUGUAAUGAUGGCAUCUAAGCUAAUAAUUACAUCUAAGCUAAUGAUGGCAUCUAAGCUAAUAAUUGCAUCUAAGCUAAUGAUGGCAUCUAAGCUAAUAAUUACAUCUAAGCUAAUGAUGGCAUCUAAGCUAAUAAUAGCAUCUAAGCUAAUGAUGGCAUCCAAGCUAUCAACAUGGCAAAAACAUUGACAGUGACUAAAUUUAUCUGAAACAUUCCUUGGUGUCUGUCAGUUCAUCCUAUUAUCCAUGUAUACAGCACUGACUUUAAAAAGAAUUUCAUUUAACAAUAAUUUUGUGCAAUAUCAGUUUCAAUGUGUAAAGAUUUAUUUUUUAUUUGGGGUUAAGGGAUGGCAGCAAAUUUAUUUGUUUAUAUAUAGGCCAAAAGUUUUGCUGCCAUGAGUCUUACUAAUAGAAAUCAUAAGGAAAGAUGUGUUGUUGUUUUUUCAACUUUGAAUAACACAGGGCCCAGUACAUGCAGUGUUGUACCAGCUGUUGCAUAGAAAUGUUCUAAUAUGUAAUGAAUAAUUUUUGCAAUUCACUGUUCACUUCCAUUUAUGGUUAACAUGGCUGUGGAAGUGAUGAAAUAGUUUAUAGGGUUUAAAAUUGUCCAUUGUACAAGUCAAACUGUGUUGUAAACCUGACAAAUACUUGACAGCAUGUCUAAUUUAAUGUUGUUUUAUUUUAUUCCUAACACAUUCAGAGAAAGGUAAAGGUAAUGCACAACUGUUCUAUUAUAAAUGUUGCCUUUGCUGCAUUUAACCAAGUUUUGAUUUAUUUAGGAUAACUUUUUCUAGGGAGAGAACUUAGUACUUAAAACAUCAAUUUUUUUGGCUUGAUUUUCAACGUCUUGGCUUUAUCAAUUUAUUUUUCAAUUAUGAAUAUUUAGCUUUAUGUCUCCUAUUCUAUAUUAUUAUUUUAUAUUAGAGUAUUUUAAACUAUGAUAUCGAAAGUAAAUCAAUUUAUUGGCCAUUACAUAGGCUGCUGUGCUAUUUAAAUCCGCAAGGGCCCAACAUGGGAAAGGAGUGUGGCUUGUGUUUUAAGACUACUGUAGCAAAGUUUUUAUUCUAAUCUGCCGUACUCAUAAACACUAAUUUUUUUAAUAAAACAAUGUUUUUUAAAUAUGCAAAUGACUUUUUUUGUAUCCUUUCUUUUGAUGGUGUCUCAUUUCUGCAUUAGAAAACCCCAGGCAAAUUUUACAAAAUGGCAUCGUUAUCAAUUUAAACAACUUUAAUGUGGUCAUUUUGUUGGGGGGCCAUGCACAUUUCAUGAGAUAGAUCAAGACAAAGAAUAGACUUAGUGACUCAAUUUCUGGUUAACUCAUUUUGCUAAUAAAAUUAACAGCUUAUGUAAUAGAGAAAAGUUUAUUAGAUACUGCUGUUCAGAGUGUCUCUUAUGUUUUUAGCCAUUCUACACCUUAAGCCUUGCCUCACACAAUAGUUAAUCUUAAACUUUUGGAUGUAACUUUGUGAGCUACAAUCUAAUCAAUACAUAAUUUUUUGAGUUCAUUUGUUUUCUCAUCAGCUUGCAAUAUCAAAAUAACUUUAAAGAACCAAAAUCAAUUGAUAAAAAUUUGUUGAAUAUGUUAAGAUAAACUGUUAGUACACUGAGCUAUAUGAUAUUGUUAUAAGUUAUAUCAUAAUUAAUAUGUGCGCUUAUUAUUAAACUGCUCACAUUGUUUUUACUGUUCAUGAAAAGAUUAUUUGAGUUUUUCUGAAAUCAGAUUCAAUCCAGCCAUAAUUUUUCUUCUUUUAAUGAAAAUUACAUUUCUGAGCUUAAAUAACAUUUCAGCUGUAUAUGAGAUGUUUCUUAGCUUUUACCCAUAAGGCCUAUUGCUUUCUCAGAAUAUAUUUAUUUCACCCACAGAGUGUGCUCAGCUUCAUUUAAGUUUCAUUUAAAAUUUUGUUUGACCAACUUGCAUAAACUAAGUUUCAUGCCAAGAACUGGUUCAAUAUUUUGAUUUGUCAUUGAACUAACAAAAGUUGUAUAAUAAAAAAUUUUAAACUGUUCUGUUGUAAUUGAAAGAUCAUUUAAAUGUUGCCGUCCUACAGUGUGACUUAUUGAUAAAGAUUAGUUCAGUUCUUUCUUAUUGGUCUUCGCACUUGUAAAUAAUUAUACAAAAAUGAAAUGCCAUUUCUAUAAAGUCAGAUUGCAGUGUUCCACAAUAAGAUGCUCCUAAAAUCUUAGACAAAACUAGUUUUGAAAUUAUCUUAAUUCAUCAUCAACACAUCAAACCUCACUAAACAGCAGCUAUUAGUCACAAUUAAACAAGCAGACGUCUCCAAACAGCAACCAUCAGUCACCAUUAUCCCAUCAUACUAUUCAUACCUCUCUCAAAACAGCAACCAUCAGUCACCAUUAUCCCAUCAUACUAUUCAUACCUCUCUCAAAACAGCAACCAUCAGUCACCAUUAUCCCAUCAUACUAUUCAUACCUCUCUCAAAACAGCAACCAUCAGUCACCAUUGUCCCAUCAUACUAUUCAUACCUCUCUCAAAACAGCAACCAUCAGUCACCAUUAUCCCAUCAUACUAUUCAUACCUCUCUCAAAACAGCAACCAUCAGUCACCAUUAUCCCAUCAUACUAUUCAUACCUCUCUCAAAACAGCAACCAUCAGUCACCAUUAUCCCAUCAUACUAUUCAUACCUCUCUCAAAACAGCAGCCAUCAGUGCUUCAGAAUUUGUAAGCUCAGCCCUGUUUGUCUUAGAAGGGAUCUCUCAACAUCCAACCUUGCUUGUUGAGUACAAUGAAGUGAUCCUGAAAGAAAUCUUACCACUUUUGACAUCACUCAUUGCCUGUCAGAAUGGUGAGUUAAUCAUUGUCUGUCAGAAUGGUGAGCAAAUCAUUGCCUGUCUGAAUGGUGAGUGAAUCAUUUCCUGUCUGAAUAGUGAGUGAAUCAUUGCCUGUCUGAAUAGUGAAUGAACCAUUGCCUGUCUUAAUGAUGAGUGAAUCCUUACCUGUCUGAAUGGUGAGUGAAUCACUGCCUGUCUUAAUGAUGAGUGAAUCACUGCCUGUCUGAAUAUUGAGUGAAUGGGGGUGAUAGCUUUUUGUAGUUUGUGGCUAAAUAUCUUUAUCAACCAAAUAAAAUUUGUUGAAAUAUAUUAUAACAGACCACGUUAAUUUUUUUUAAACUGAUUUUGUCUUGCAUGUUUUUUAGUGGAUACCAAAGCUCAAGCUCUGCAGCUCUUUGGUGAUAUAGCAUCAGUGUACCUCACACAAGAUCAGUUCGGUAUAGACAUUAAAGUCAGCACUUCCCACCUUCAUACCGUCAUACAGGAAAAACUGCUCCCUCAGUCAGUACAAGUAUUUAGCUAUACUUUUUUGAACUGUCUCUAAUUACUGUUAAAUUUCAUUUUUAUUCUCUGAUCACUUGUUUAAUGUUCAUUUCUUAAAUCUAGCUGUUAAAUUAAAUUAAAGUUAUUUUAUAUAAAAAAUAAUAAAAUAGUUAAAGAUAUUUUUUCAAAAUUAUUUUGGAAUUUUUUAGGCAUCAAAACCUAAACUUUUUCUCCACGUAUACAUAAUAUAUAAGUUAAUUAUUUUUUUUUGCUUUAGUUUUCUUUAUCAGCCAUGGGACAUAAUGUGAUGGGCAAUAUUAACAGAAGGUUUCCUUAAUCAGGCAUGGGACAUAUUGUGAGGAGCAAUAUUAACAAAAGAUUUCCUUAAUCGGGCAUGGGACAUAUUGUGAGGAGCAAUAUUAACAGAAGGUUACCUUAAUCGGGCAUGGGACAUAUUGUGAGGAGCAAUAUUAACAGAAAAUCAGGCAUGGGACAAAUUGUGAUGGGAAAUAUUAACAGAAAAUCGGGCAUGGGACAUAUUGUGAGGGGCAAUAAUAAUAAAGGGUUUCCUUGUGGCUGGGUAGGGAAAAUGUCUGACAUUAGCGAUAGAUUAAUUUUUUAAAUCAGUAAUGAAUGAGACACAAAUCUUAAUUGUUAUGCGUAGUGCUUUUAAGUUAUUAACAUAUUUUAAUGUUUUUAAAAAAGCCAUCAAUGUUUUGGUAACAGGUUCGAGCCCAUCCUCCUAGAUUUAGAUCCACUGCCCAGCUAUGCCCUGAAGCUAAUGUUAACCUUUCUAGAACAUGACAGCUCAUUUAUUAAAAAAAUGGAGCAGCAGGGACUGAUCAUUGUUUUAUUUCAAGUAUUAAUGGUGAGAGAAUAUUUUUAAAACUUGCUGGGAUGGUAAUACUGAUUAAUUAAUUCUAGACCUACUGAACUUACUCAGACUAAUUCAAUCAUUUGUUCUCAGCUGUGUUAUCUUAGAAACAAUUUGAAGAAAGAUUUACUGAAUAAAAUACAACUGUAAGAGAAGUAUGACGGUAAUGACAACACAAAUUGACAGAAUGAAAUACAACUGUAAGAUAGUUAUGAAGAUAUCAGCUAUGAGACAACAGAUUGACUGAAUGAAAUAAACAGAGAUACAAGAAUACUAUUUCAGAAGUAUGAAGGUAUAUAAUUAUUAUAAACUAGAAAAUAACAUGUGAUAUUACCAAGAUUGGAAUGGCUGGCACUUUGCGAUAAUUUCCACCAGCUAUUGUAAAAUCUCAUCACAAUGCCAUUUUUAAAAAGAAGUAUCUAUAAAAUGAUGUGUACUUUUCUAAUAUCGUUAAAACUUUUAAGAAGUAUUUUUCUGCUAUAUAUAAUACGCCAACCCUACCCCCGUUUUGUGCCCUUAAACUACUUUUUUUUUCUCUAAACAUGACCUUAAAUUACCAAAUCUAAAUGAUUUCUAAUUAAAUCGUUAUUGUCACUAAAGGAAAUCAUCGAGGCCUGAUUUCUACGCCAGAGAAAUACUUUAGAUGUCAUAUGUUUUUAAAUUGUUACCCUGCCACUUUUCCUGCCCCUAAGCUAAAUUUUGUUUCCUUAAAAAUUGUGAAAACUUAAUCUUAAAUUUAAAACAAAAACUGUAUAUACCAUUUUAAAUAUAAUUUAUAUUACAGAAUUUGAUAUACUGAUAGUUCAUUAAAAAUUUAACAAAACUUUUCCUUUGUUUUCUACUAUGUUAUCAGAAAAUCGUAAAACAAAGAAUUCUUUGUAUCUUUUUAUCUAAAGAAGAAUCUCUUAACCAUUUUUCAAGUCUGUAACAGCCUUGAGUAUCUUUUUACAGAAAUGUUAUUAAUCUCAUAACUAUCUACACCGACUUUACUUUUGCCAAAGUAAUGAACAAAAAUGAAUUUUCAAUUUUUGAAAGAAAAUCUUAACCCAUCUCCAUUUGUAAAAAUGAAAUUUUCACGUGUUUAAAAUGAUUGGGUUUAGAUAUUCAUGGGUAACUUAUGUAAAUGUACCCACGUUUUGUUAACGCCAUGGAUUUUCGUAUUUGAUAAACCUAUGUUGAUUUGUAAAAAGAAAAUGUAACAUCUCUUCUUCAAAACUGUAAUAUCAUAGGAUUUAAAUAUAUUGUCAUCAACGUAAAAAUGUAUGCAUCCUAUUUCCUACCCCUGAUAUGUAUGAACCUAGAAGGCUAAUUAUUUAUCAAAUGUAUAGCUAUAUUCUGAUGCGUAUCUUGUGCUGCCUGGGGCAAAUGAUAGUAUUGCCCCACCCCACCCCCACCACCCCCCCCCCCUAGAUUUAAAUAAAAUGAAUUAAAAUCAUCCAUAGGAUUGUUAUCCCCUAUGUACGCAAAUACACAUUUUUUUCACUUCAUAUGGUUUGCUCUUAUUUGAAUGAGGGAUAAGUGCAAUAUUGAAUGUUUAUUAGACUAUGGAGUUUUGUUGCACUGAUUGACUUAAACAGCAUUUUCUUACUAAAAGUAAAAGUAUAUUUAAAGGUUAAGUUUUUAUUACGUUAUAAAUUUAAUAAAAGUAUAUUUUUGAGAUGGAAAAAAAGUAAAAUCUUAUUAAAUGUAAAAAAUGCAAAGCUAAAUUUGUUUUUUUAUUUAACAAUUUAAAAGCAAUCAAUAACAUUUAUUAAUUUUUCUUACUUUUAAGAAAGGGAUAAUACAUUAUCAGUUUUGUCAGGCACGGUUAUUAAAUCAAAGAAACUUAGAGCUUUGGCUAAAUAGACAAUGCGCACUAAGAUGUCAUUUGCUUGUUUAUUUAGAACAAAUUAAUUUUUAUUUCAUUUCACAAUAUUAACAAUGCACUAAAAACGCACGAAAAACAACAGAUGUUUGGGUUUUCCUAUUAAAUGUAAUUACGAUGUCAUUCUUAGAUCAUAAUUUUUUUAAUGAAAAUUUGUUUUCAUAACUUUCAAACUCAGAUAAACUGCUUAAAAUAGUUCCUUUAUUGUUAUUUUAAAUGUAUUUGUAAUUUAUAAUAAUAAUACUUAAACAUUUACUAAAAUAAAUUUCAUUUUUUGCGCAUUCAGAUUUAUUCGAUUUCCAUAAAAAUAAUAGAAAAUCUUUAUCACUGUUUUUAAGAAGCCGAACGUGUUUAAAUCUUUUUGUCUCUUUUGCGUUACGAUCAGCCUAGCUCAUUCUUAUAUAUAUGUAAUAAUAAUGGGUAUAGUUGAGAUCAAUGUCUCAGGCAUAGUUGAAGCCUUUGGGUUCUGUUCUAGGGUGUUAAUAGAAAAUGUAUUCCUUAAUUGAGUGUUCCUUAAAACUAAUUUCCUCCGAUGGAGAUCAUCUUUGAAAUGUGUUUACUUGAGAUUGGCUAACAUAUGUUUUAUUGUCUUUAAGUACCGGUAACAUAUUGUUAGAUUGUUACUAAAAUAUGUUUGAAUGUGUUUUAUUGUCUAACAUAGGUUUGAAUGUGUUUGAUUGUCUUUGACUAACAUGUUUGAUUGUCUUUGACAAACAUGUUUGAAUGUGUUUAAUUGUCUUUGUCUAAGAUAUGUUUCAAUGUGUUUAUUUGAACUUGUCUUACCUAGGUUUGAAUUUGUUUACUUGAAAGUUUGAUUGUGACUAACAUAUGUUUGUAUUGGUUUAAUUAAGAGCUUGGCUUACAUAUGUUUGAUUGUGACUAAGAUAGGUUUGUAUGGGUUUAAUUAAGAGCUUGGCUUACAUAUGUUUGAUUGUGACUAAGAUAGGUUUGUAUGGGUUUAAUUAAGAGCUUGGCUUACAUAUGUUUGAUUGUGACUAAGAUAGGUUUGUAUGGGUUUAAUUAAGAGCUUGGCUUACAUAUGUUUGAUUGUGACUAAGAUAGGUUUGUAUGGGUUUAAUUAAGAGCUUGGCUUACAUAUGUUUGAUUGUGACUAAGAUAGGUUUGUAUGGGUUUAAUUAAGAGCUUGGCUUACAUAUGUUUGAUUGUGACUAAGAUAGGUUUGUAUGGGUUUAAUUAAGAGCUUGGCUUACAUAUGUUUGAUUGUGACUAAGAUAGGUUUGUAUGGGUUUAAUUAAGAGCUUGGCUUACAUAUGUUUGAUUGUGACUAAGAUAGGUUUGUAUGGGUUUAAUUAAGAGCUUGGCUUACAUAUGUUUGAUUGUGACUAAGAUAGGUUUGUAUGGGUUUAAUUAAGAGCUUGGCUUACAUAUGUUUGAUUGUGACUAAGAUAGGUUUGUAUGGGUUUAAUUAAGAGCUUGGCUUACAUAUGUUUGAUUGUGACUAAGAUAGGUUUGUAUGGGUUUAAUUAAGAGCUUGGCUUACAUAUGUUUGAUUGUGACUAAGAUAGGUUUGUAUGGGUUUAAUUAAGAGCUUGGCUUACAUAUGUUUGAUUGUGACUAAGAUAGGUUUGUAUGGGUUUAAUUAAGAGCUUGGCUUACAUAUGUUUGAUUGUGACUAAGAUAGGUUUGUAUGGGUUUAAUUAAGAGCUUGGCUUACAUAUGUUUGAUUGUGACUAAGAUAGGUUUGUAUGGGUUUAAUUAAGAGCUUGGCUUACAUAUGUUUGAUUGUGACUAAGAUAGGUUUGUAUUGGUUUAAUUAAGAGCUUGGCUUACAUAUGUUUGAUUGUGACUAAGAUAGGUUUGUAUUGAUUUACAUGAGCUUGGCUUACUUAAUGUUAUAUUCCCCAGGAUCACCAAAACAAUGCCUUGAGUCGGGUAAUGCAGGGUGUGGUGUCUGUCUUGAAUUGUCUUGUCAGCCACAAAGAGACAAAUAUGCGAGAGCUGUACGAUCAAGGUAUGUAAAAUUACUGUUCAAAAUGCAGUGUAUAACUUUACAUAAAAUUUUCAAUUAAUGUUUAUGCUGGAAUCAUAAAACCUUCAGAAAUCAGUGGGGACAAACUAUUUAUCAAGUUUUUAUGUCACAAUUACUGUUGGUUGGCAUAGCUGUCAUGUCACAAUUACUGUUGGUUGGCAUAGCUGUCAAGUCACAAUUACUGUUGGUUGGCAUAGCUGUCAAGUCACAAUUACUGUUGGUUGGCAUAGCUGUCAAGUCACAAUUAAUGUUGGUUGGCAUAGCUGUCAAGUCACAAUUACUGUUGGUUGGCAUAGCUGUCAAGUCACAAUUAAUGUUGGUUGGCAUAGCUGUCAAGUCACAAUUACUGUUGGUUGGCAUAGCUGUCAAGUCACAAUUAAUGUUGGUUGGCAUAGCUGUCAAGUCACAAUUACUGUUGGUUGGCAUAGCUGUCAAGUCACAAUUAAUGUUGGUUGGCAUAGCUGUCAAGUCACAAUUACUGUUGGUUGGCAUAGCUGUCAAGUCACAAUUAAUGUUGGUUGGCAUAGCUGUCAAGUCACAAUUACUGUUGGUUGGCAUAGCUGUCAAGUCACAAUUAAUGUUGGUUGGCAUAGCUGUCAAGUCACAAUUACUGUUGGUUGGCAUAGCUGUCAAGUCACAAUUAAUGUUGGUUGGCAUAGCUGUCAAGUCACAAUUACUGUUGGUUGGCAUAGCUGUCAAGUCACAAUUAAUGUUGGUUGGCAUAGCUGUCAAGUCACAAUUACUGUUGGUUGGCAUAGCUGUCAAGUCACAAUUAAUGUUGGUUGGCAUAGCUGUCAAGUCACAAUUACUGUUGGUUGGCAUAGCUGUCAAGUCACAAUUAAUGUUGGUUGGCAUAGCUGUCAAGUCACAAUUACUGUUGGUUGGCAUAGCUGUCAAGUCACAAUUAAUGUUGGUUGGCAUAGCUGUCAAGUCACAAUUACUGUUGGUUGGCAUAGCUGUCAAGUCACAAUUACUGUUGGUUGGCAUAGCUGUCAAGUCACAAUUACUGUUGGUUGGCAUAGCUGUCAAGUCACAAUUACUGUUGGUUGACAUAGCUGUCAAGUCACAAUUACUGUUGGUUGGCAUAGCUGUCAAGUCACAAUUAAUGUUGGUUGGCAUAGCUGUCAAGUCACAAUUACUGUUGGUUGGCAUAGCUCUCAAGUCACAAUUACUGUUGGUUGGCAUAGCUGUCAAGUCACAAUUACUGUUGGUUGGCAUAGCUGUCAAGUCACAAUUACUGUUGGUUUAUUAGUUUUGCUGUAUUUAUGGAAACUAUUCUUUGGGCACUCAGUUUUUAUUGGAUUUUUUUUAUAGUGGGGAUUUAGUUUAAGAGCUGCUUUCUCAAGAUAAGUGCUUGCUCAUAAAUGUUUUCUUCUUUCCUUUUCCAACCUCAUGAUCAUAUUUGUUUAUUUACUGUACUGGUACACAUCCAAAGAGGGAAUAAGUUCAGCAUGGCACUCAAACAAUGAAAGCUAUACAAUACAUCAGUAAUACUAGUAGUAAACCAGUUAAUAAUCUCUUUUAUUUUAAAUUUCUUAAAAAGAGUACAUACAAUUUAUAAAAAUGUUAAAUAUUCAAAAGGAGAAUAAAUAUAUAAAUCUGAAAGAAAUCAUUUUAAGUCAUGUUUCCUUUGAAUGUUCUUGUCCAUUCUCUGCAUUCUCCAACACCAGGUCUAAUUGACCACUUGACCAGUCUAUUCAUCGAGGUGUGGAAUGCUGUUUGUGAAGGGGAGGAGGGAGGAAGAGAUGUGAAGACAGCUAUAAACAUGCUGCUGACACUUUUGGAUGCUCUCCAUUCCAUACUGAAAUAUGUCUCUGAGGUUGUUCGCAGAGCAUUACAGGUUUGGUGUUUUCACACUGAAUACACAUUAACUUCAAAUAGUUGAAUUUAUUAAUAGUAGGGCUUAUUUUUAAAUUAUUCAAGUUCAAAGGUUAAGUGUUAGAAAAGAAAUUUUUUUAAAUUCGUCAGGUUUAUUGAAUUUGGGGGGGGGGGGUCUUUUUUAAUUAUGAAUCAAAACAUUGCUACCAAUUGGGGGUUUGAACAUCAGAAUUUUUUUAACUUUAUUAUUUUUUAAUUAUUCAAGUUCAAAGGGUAAAUGUUAGAAAAGAAAUUUUUUUAAAUUCGUCAGGUUUAUUUAAAUUUGGGGGGGGGGGGUCUUUAUGAAUUAUGAAUCAAAACAUUGCUACCAAUUGUGAGUUUGAACAUCAGAAUUUGUUUAACUUUCCACUUAGACUAUUACUUAAUUAGAAUUAGCAGUUUUCUCUUACAUUUUUAUGUACACAAACUUUCCAGGUGAAGAACAAAGGAUCAGACGGGUCUCAGAAGGAGGCAGAGUUUGGUGAGCAGUUACUGCUGUUGAACAAAUCACUUACAGACUUAACGUCUCUGUUAACUCAGUUGGUGAGCGAUAAGUUGACAUAAUUUUUAAAUAAGAAUUUUGAUAAUUAAGAGAUAUGGAAACAUAUUAAAAUUAAAUUUUAUUUUCAAGUUUCUUAUAUUACACUUUGUAUUCCCUUACUGUCUAUUCUUUAUUGAUAUUUUGUGCAUUGUUUAAUUGACUUCCCUGUUCUUCUUAUAUUCUUUUUGUGCUGAUUUAGUUUCAAGUUUAACCUUAAUGUUUAGCAGCAUUAUAAAAUGAAUUCAUUUCCACAAUUUUUUAUAAUAUUUCAAACUUAAUUCUAAAUGAUUAUUCUUCCCCCCACCCCCUCCCCCAGCUUUGCUAUGAGGAUAAUGAGAUCCAGGAGCUGACCAUCAAAUGUCUGUCUUUACUUGUGCAGUUGUUUGGUGGAGAAAACAGAGAUGCCAUGGCAGCUGAUAAUAUGGUAAGUUGUUCAUCAUGGCCGCUGAUAAUAUGGUCAGUUGUACAUCAUGGCCGCUGAUAAUAUGGUCAGUUGUUCAUCAUGGCAGCUGAUAAUAUGGUCAGUUGUACAUCAUGGCAGCUGAUAAUAUGGUCGGUUGUUCAUCAUGGCAGCUGAUAAUAUGGUCAGUUGUUCAUCAUGGCAGCUGAUAAUAUGGUCAGUUGUACAUCAUGGCCACUGAUAAUAUGGUCAGUUGUUCAUUAUGUCUGUUGAUAAUAAGGUCAGUUGUUCAUUAUGUCUGUUGAUAAUAAGGUCAGUUGUUCAUUAUGUCUGUUGAUAAUAAGGUCAGUUGUUCAUCAUGGCAGCUGAUAAUAUGGUCAGUUGUUCAUUAUGUCUGUUGAUAAUAAGGUCAGUUGUUCAUCAUGGCAGCUGAUAAUAUGGUCAGUUGUUCAUUAUGUCUGUUGAUAAUAAGGUCAGUUGUUCAUUAUGUCUGUUGAUAAUAAGGUCAGUUGUUCAUUAUGUCUGUUGAUAAUAAGGUCAGUUGUUCAUUAUGUCUGUUGAUAAUAAGGUCAGUUGUUCAUUAUGUCUGUUGAUAAUAAGGUCAGUUGUUCAUCAUGGCAGCUGAUAAUAAAAUUAAACUACUAUUUGACAAUUUGUGUAUAUCAGAGUAAAGUGAAACUUUAGUUAGGUGAGAAAAAUUGCUAAGUUCAAGGUUUGGACUACAAGGCUAUUUUGAGUAAACAUUAAAUGCAAGGAAUGACUAAAUUCAAAUUUUAUUUUUUAUUACAACCGAGUUGGAAUAAAAAGAAAAGUAAGUAAAACAAUAGGUGCAAAUAAUUUAACUAAAUACCGAUACACGAUGAAAGAGCUGUGACUUUAUUUAAUACAUUGAUACACUUUAUUUUUCCAGUGCUAAAAAAAAAAAUAAACCAAUGACUUUGAUGUCAUAAAUGCCAAGGAGCAUUUUGCAAUACCGGGCACUGAUGUUUACAUCUUCUCAGGCAACUUUUUUGCCACUUGAUAAGAAUUUACUUUUACUUUACUUGUCAACUUUUUUUUCCAGGAUUGUUACAGCAAGAGCUUGAAGUCUACAGAUUCAAGAAAGCAAAAAAUCCUCCUUCGCGUCAUCAAACGGUUGCUAAGCACCAAUGCUAGACACAUAGAGUCCAUGAAGAAAUAUGGAGAUGGACUUGCAAAAACGAUUCAGUCUUUAGCAGAUACAGCAAGGUGA